AUGGAUGCAACACCAUGCCUUCUGCUCGUCCUCCUGUUCUGGACAAGGAUACAAGAAAAUAACGGUAAGUGGCUUUAUGUGGACGGUAUGGAGUAGUUUUGUAUGUAUUUGGCGUGUUUCUAGAAAGUUGAACACCCGUGUCCUGCCAGUUCCGCGGAAAAGCUCUUUGUUCAAGAAGCCUGAAGAAGCAGAGUGUGUCUAACUAAGAUGGCGCAGGGUCGGUGGCCAGCCUGCUGCUGCCUGUCUGAGGAAUGUUUAUUGUCUGGGAAAAAAAGGGAGCAGGCAGCUAAAAGUCACAUCGGACUUCAAAAGGCCAACGGCUGUAGCCGAGGUUUAGAGCUGGCCUCUCUCUGCCGGGUUUUAAGUCUCUGAAUUCCGCUUUGCCAACAAAGAGUAGAGGAGUCCGUCCCGAGGAGCAGCUCUCAGUUUCGCAAAUACAAAGUUGGCAGCAUCACUGAGGGGAUGUUUGCUUUUUGUCAAGCACUGGUUGUUCAUUUACUUUGUGGUUAGAGCAUGUCCUGUCAGAGUUUUGAUUUAGGAGUAAUGGUUAGCUGAGCUGGAAAAGUUUGUCUCCUCACGUCUGAGUGCCUCCGUCUUCUUACAGGUGACCGUUAUCUUCGUUUGCAGCUCGUGUCACAGUGUUGCUUUUUCUGACAGUCUCGUUUAUUUAGUCAAUGUUUAGGCAAUUUGUUUGGACUCCAACCGGACCUCUAAUUCCCGACUUUUUCGAACUUCUGCCUUUUUGUUAAGUCUGAAAGCACUCUCUGUCAUCCCAUUAGUAUUCUUGUGUAUUUCUUCACCCGGUUUAUCCGCUGUUACAACUUUUAACGAGUUGUUUUACUAACUGAGAACGCCUCUGUCUGUCUGGCAGUUUCAUAUCUACUCAGCCCCAUCACGUUAGCUUGCUAGCACUUAGCUUCUAAUAGCGGCGUUGAACUGUAACAGAGUUUCUUCCUGUUCGUUUUAUCCUGCAUUAUCGCUGCAUACUAAUUUAGCAGUACAGUUGUUCUCAUAGUAAGUGAUAUUUUUCUUGUUAGCACCGAGUGGCCAGGAAAAAAAAUCUCUAGUACUUCAUCCUCCCAGUUUAACAGGAUGCACCGCGCCCGCAUACACCAAACUCCAUUCAAAAUAUACCAGUUUAACGCUGCUCUCUUAUAACAAAACACAUAGAUUUAACAGUUUGCUGACUUUUUAUGGUGGAUCUGAGAGCUCUGUAUGAAAAUCAGCCUUGUAGUGAUAGUUUGGGUCCAUAAGGUGUAACUGCAGUAGAGGAUUGCUGCAGUUUUAAUGUUGUAAGAAAGCUCUUUUGGUGCCAUUCAUUCACGCCUAAUAAACUAGAAGCUCCAGGCAUGUGUAAUAGGGUGUUCACGGUUACUGAUAAGCAGUGUAUAGAGGUACCUCGCAACAUUUAUGAAUUGGAUUCUGCAUUCAUAGCUCCUCAUUAGAGAGAGCUGCACUGAUACACGAGUCACCGCGGCUUGCUACGAGCCAUGCUUUCUCCCCCCUGUGCACAGAUUUAGAUCAUCAUUUUGCCACGGACCAGUGGUAUUUGUUUCAGUAGUCAGCACAUUUCAAAAAGGGGAAGGUCUUUUCUUGCUGAUACAAACAGCCGAUAGUGUUUUUUCCCCUGUUGACUCGCGUACUCAACGCGUUUCCUUUGUGUGACAUUCCUUUGUGUGCAGAGAGAGAGAGAGGCAGAGGGAGCCUGAUUAUGAGUGGAGGAGCAUGCUCUUCAAACAGCAUACAUAAAGAUCUCAGCAGAACCCAGUCAUGCCAAAAGCUCAACGGUGUCCUCAUAUACCCCCAUCGCUCCCUAACAUGCAGGCUGGUUAUUAAAUUGAUAUGUUGUCUCAAGGACACACAAGAAGGGAGGGGAUCCCGCUUUCUUUGUCCAGCAAUGGGAUUGUCAUGGCGUGAGUCCAUGGCCGGAGCCGCAUCAUUAACAUCAGAAAAGAAGCUAAUAUUUUAGAUGCAGAUAAUCUGUCCUGCAGAUUAGAGUGAGGGAUCCGUGUUCAUGCGUGUAUUCCAGCUGGGAUAUCAAGUUUGUGGAUUAGAUUUAACACUUAUUGAAAAAGGGGGAUGCGUGCGUUUUAGCCAGACAACACCUUCAUUUACACCUUUACAUGUCACGUUGCUGUGCCGUGUUCAUGACCACACCCCUGCAGCUCACACACACUUGCUUUCAGCAGUAUUCACAUGCAGCAUUGCACUACUCGCUCCGUGCACAUCCCCAUGCUGGCAGUGGGCUAAAUUAGGUGGUGUCACUAUUACGCUCCUUAUCCCUCCAGCCUCGGUCAUCCUCCUGCCUAACAGGAUCUGUCCUCAUGCUCAGUCACUCAUUUCUCCCUUUUUUUCCCCCCUCAGCCCUCCCACCAUCCAGUUUCAUUUGUCUGCUCUCAGUUCCUUCCCCCCCUGCCCCUUGGAGGCAUAGUCAGUAAACAGGCAACAUUUAGCAGGAGUGGCUCGUAUAAAGGAUGAGUGUUGUGUCAGCACUCUGAGUCAAAUGCAAGCCACUGUCAAGGGAGACACCAAAUCAAUCCCGACAGUUCCUGACGAUUCAGGAUGUUAUCGCAGCUCUUACUACUCCAGGGUCACUGGAACCAGGAGCGAUAAGAUAUAAUGUAACCCCCCCCUCUAAUAUUUUUCCCUGCGUCAGACCUCAGUGUCAGAUUUUCAUGAAUGCUAUCCUAUUUUUACCUGUUUUGAAGCGGUUACUGUCUUGUGUAACCACCAGUGGCAAGCACUUCUACUGCACCUCUGCUGGGAUAAAUUAGUUAUACUGCACUUUUUUUGACUGACAACUGAAGACAAACAUCACAGGUUGGAUGCUGCCAAACCAAAACCACUUAAGAUCACUAAUUAGGCUUAGAGGAGUCGAUGCUCUGUGCCUGUCCCCUCUGCUGACAUUUUUGAGCAUCAAACAGGGGUCCUUGCAUGACAGAAAGCUAUGGAUGCAAUGACUUUCUACCUUUUAAUAUAUAUUCUACUGUAUUAGUGUAUUUUUAUUUGAACAUUACACUAAAGCACAAAUUUUAAACUACUGUAUUUUUUGCACUAUAAGGCGCACUUAAAAUCCUUUAGGCUUGUCGGAGCACUGCAGCUACCAGAGUCUGCAGAGUUACUGAACGAGUUAACUAAAGUUUGACUUAUCAGACUGUUUAGUUUGCCUUAAUGCGCUUUAUAAUCCAGUGCGCCUUAUGUAUGAAAAUAGACGCGUUCAUUGGUGGUGCGCCUUAUAAUCAGGUGCGCCUUAUAGUGCGCUUCUGCCUGAUAACCAGCCAUGCGGACAAACUUAUUUUUCUCAGUUAGGACAAGUAGGCAGAAAACCAAACACUGUGACUUUGAACUAUCUGUGUGAAGUUCUCUUGUUGAAGCAGUUCCACAAUAAGUACUCGGAGCCUUGGCGUCUAUAACUGCAGAGAAUAAUUUAUGAGCCUGCAUCACAUGUUGAUAUUCAGCCUGUUACACAAUGUGUAUGCUACUAUAGGUUCUGUAGUUGUUCAUUAUAAUCAGAAUUGUUAGUUUUGUCAUAGGAAAAAUCCUAGUUUCUUUUUUACAGGUAAUUAAUACUUGAUCAUUGAUAUGUCCAAAUUCCAAUAGUGGUGCAGACUUUGAAUUUGCAUCUUCAGUUUGAACAACAAAAGAAAAUACACUCUACUAAGAAGAUUUGUGGAUUGGAUAUUUACCUGCUUGUGUGCAAUGUGCACAUAGGCAUAGCUUAGGUUGUAUAAUUCCUAUCAUCUCCACAUUAAAAAAAUGAGCAAGUUUUUCUGUACAGACUGCAUUGUCCUCAUGAAUCUCUUCAUUUGAAACAUGUCCUGUAACAUUUGUUCAAGGCUGCAGGCUGUUGCUGUUGACUGAAUUUGCACAAGGUAAAAGAACUCGGUGGCCCGAGUGCAGUUUCAAAAUGAGUGUUCACUCCUUUUGGAAAAACAGCCACAAAUCAGGAAGUAAUAUUUCACAGUAAAUCAAUAGUCAUGGGAUUUUUCAUCAAGGCCACAGUGGGGGCUCUGCUUCCUCUUUUCUUUAGGGCUCACCAGACAUGUUGUGGUGUGUUUUUAUCUUCGUACUGAUGCUGUAAAAUUCCACAGAGACUGCCGCGAGUCGAUAUUUCGCUCUCCCUUUUACCAGCACUGUAUUUUUUGCCCCCUUCUCCAGGGCCAUUUUUUAUGUCUGUUGUGUGUUCCUACGAAAUGCUUGUGGAGCGUUGUUUUUCUAGGUGCUCUGUGCUGCCGCCGUCAGUACAAGCAGUAGAGGAAUGCCAGGCAUGCGGGUGACCCUGGACGCCCGUUGUCCUGGCCCAAGGAACCACGACUAAUUUGAGAGGUUGUAGCCAUGCCAGUGACCAUCGGAUUCAAAGGCACCAAAGCGUUAAUGACUGGCCCCCCCACUCUGCUCUCAUCAUGGGGAGGCCAGGGAUUCUACUCUGCCAUACUGCUGAUUCUAUCUGUCAGAGGAUACAAAUCUGCUUAUUUAGGUCAUAUAAGAAAACAGAGAAUCUCUUUUUUUUGUUAGUAAUAAUUGUAGACCAAUUUCACCUCAUCAGCUUUUGUCUUUUUUACUGCAAAUAUAAAAAAGUGAGGACACCCUGUAGGGCUUAACACGAAUGCUUCAGUGCAGGUAGUGUGCAAGUGUUGCUCUUGAAAUGCAGGAAAUUCUACUACACAUUUACAGUAAUGCUUUCAAAGGUGUUGAAUGUCAUGCAGACAGCACUUGCACUUCGAUGCUACAUCAAAGGGAGCCACUUCAGUCAGGACUCCACACACGGACACUCCUCGCCUCUUGAAGCAUUUCUCAUAUUUUUCUGGGCUAUUAAUCUGGGCCUGUAUGCCACAUAUAGAGGGGCUGAAGAGCAUCAAGUUAGGGACUCCUGUCAUAACUUCUUGAAAGCACAAUGCAAUUGACACAUUUGAUUUAUUGUUACCAUCUCUGCCAUUUUUGGCAAAAUGUCAUUCGUAUCAAAUAAGGCUGGGCGAUAACACUAACGAUUUAUAUCAAAAAUUAAUUUCCUUCGAAUUCGAUAUGAAACAUGGUCAAUAUGCUUUUCGAAAGCCGACAUUCUGCUGUGUUUUGGUAGACUAUACGAAUAGCCAAUGAAAAGGGGAGUUGCUCCGGGUCCACUUAGCGCUUAACCAAUCAUGUGCUGAAUUAGAACCAAGUAGCAAACAACUGCGGAGUAACAGGCUGCAGCUUUACGCAACUGUAGCACUUUAACAUGUGAAGCCGACAGCACUGUUGGUGAGAAAACAGGAAAAUGAGUGCUACCCCGGGAGAAAUGCGUCAACUUUUUGUCGACAACAUCGGCACGAAAACGUUGGUGGUGUGGAGGUAUUUUGGUUUUCGAGGUCAGACAUGAAACAGAGUAAUGUGCACUGCAAAUUGUGUCAAGUACGUGUUAAAUUUCAUUUAAGAAUAACAAAGAACAUUUAAGAUUAACAAGUGACUUUUUUUUUAAUAUUGUGAUACAUAUUGAUAUCGACAAAUAUGGAAAAAAGUUACCGCAAUAAACUUUCUCCCAUAUCGCCCAGCCCUAGUAUCAGGCAAGGACUUGUAUCAGUCUAAUACUUGAUAUUUUAGUACAACCCAGUUCUCAGAAAAGUUAAGGCACCACAUUAAAUGUCAGUAAAACCAAAUUUGAUUGGUUUGCAAACUGAAUAGUGCAAAUAUGAAACUAGAACAUCUAUUAUUUUAUGAAAAAUAAGCACUCACUUUAAAUUCAGUGCCAGAAAAGGUUUUAAAAAUUUGGCUCAGGAACAUUAAAACACAGGAAUUGUUUUGUGUCAAGAUAAUACCUGAAAGAACGUCUCCUGACAUAAUUGGUUAAUUUGCAACAGAUAAGAAACAUCACUGUGCAUAACAAGAGCGCUCCAGAGAGGCUGAAACUCUCUGAUAUUAUGAUGGAGAGAGGUGUACCCCUCUGUGAGAGACUACAGUUGCAAACAGUUAAUCAAUUUACAGAUAAUGUUUCUCAGUGAGCAUUGCAAAGGAUCUCAUCAUCUACAGACUUGAAGAACCAGGCUGGAAACAAAAAACACAAAGAUUUGAUCUUAAGGCUCUUGGGCAGCACUUAAUUGAAAACAAAGACGACUCUGUAGUGGAAAUUCAUGCAUGGGUUUAAAAUCCCCUCCAAAAAACAGUAUUUACUUUGAAACUAUGUUAGUUUCGGGACUCUUAAAUGUAAGGAUAUAAUGAUUCUGAUAACUUUGAGUUUUUUGGAAGAACAUAUUUCAGGCUGUAUUUCCUACUUGCAUGAACAACAUCAUGUUGCGAAUAUUUGUAUUCACUGGGUAAUUUAUUUCUCUAAAAGGCUAGCAAAAACAGCCUGACAAGAGCCUGACAGAAAGCGACAUUACUGUUAAAAAACCAAUCUUUUGUUUUGUGUCAGUCAGAUUGAGAUGCUUUGAUUUAAACAUCAAGAGGAGCGGGGGGAGGGAAAAAAAAAAAGAAUUCAAAAGCAUUUCUUUUCCAGACUUUGCUUUGUGUCAGGAAAGAGGAGCUGCAUCUUAAACAUCAAACCUCAGCCCAAACCUCUCCCAAGCUGGAGCGCACAUACUCCACAAUCCCAUCACGUUUACUUCUUUCAAAAAAAAGCGCAGCGACUUUCACAGUGUGACAUCAUAUGGUUAUAUGUGAUACCCUUUAUGCACCUGUUUGAGUGAAGUUUCUGUAUUUUUCUAAAGGCUCCUCUAAUGAGGGAGACACUUUGAAGGCAGGAAAGAAGCCGGCGUCUACACUUGUUAGGGCCAUGAUGUACAUGAUGUGUUGUGCAUUCUCUGGCACUGUUGCACUGUGCGACUCGGCGUCUUCGGGAUGAGUGCGUUUCUGUGCACUAGAGCAGAGAUCAACAAUUAGAUGGAACCGUGGGCCAUUUGUUUAAUGACCAAGAGCAGAAUGUGUGUUGCAGGGCUGAGCCACAGGAUACUGUUGCCCCACUGCUGCUCUGUUUUCUGGUUUAAAGGCUUUGUGGAGUAACAGGAUUUUAAAGACCACUUGGCAAGUUACCUUAAUUUGUAAAGCAAAUAAUAGUCGAGCUGUCAAUCCUCCUCUAUAAUCCUAUUGCAAUCCUUUUGUUUCUUUCCAUUUUUAAACUAAAUUUGUAUUCUAGUACCAAAGUCUUGUCUUCUUUCUAUAAUUCCAUUCUAAUGCAUUGCCAAUACCACUUCAAGCAGAACUGGAGACACUUACAAAUGCUUACAAUGUUGACACUUUACGAUAUGCAUGUGCAUUUAAAGGUAUACGUAUAACAUGUAGACUGGCUGGGUUUUGCAUUUACAUAGAAGAAAACAUCAGUUAUGACCAGUGACAUUAUGACUGAAGAAGAAGCAAGAGCAGCGCCUGCACUGAGAUGAGCCACGUUUAAUUCAUGGUCAAUGUAAUCAAAGCAUGAAAAGGCAUGAACAUAUUACAGUGGUUUUAUGAUUUCAGCUUUAGAUAAGCAGAAGUUAUUUAAAUGCCUGAAAAGGCUGUUUAAGGAGCAUGAUGUCCUUUUUGAAAUUGAAAUUCAAUUCAUUUUUCUGAGUUUAUCCAGAAUUCAGCAUUUUAAGACUUAAAAAGUGGAAUUAUUCAUGAGGUGUUUGUCAAAGUACAGAGGUGAGCCAACUGUUUUGUUAUUCUCUCCCAAAUAACACAGCAGUUAUUUGUUAGCCAAAAGAUAACUAUUUAGGUGGGAUUGGCAACACACUUUGGAAUGACAUAGGUGGACAAAGGUACAGGCGACAUGUUAUUUACCUUCAUAUGAAAUGACCUUGGUGUACACAGCUGGCAACAGCAGAGCAUCUCUCUUAUGUAUCAGCACAAAGGCUGGUAACAGGGGGUUACUAUGGUGAUUGGAUGUGCCAUGUCCAUGUCAACCUAAGACCUUUUAACUCUUCAUUUUGCUGUCAUACAGUAGAAUUUAUACAAGUACAGUGUGAAGAUGAGCUCUGAGUGGCUUUGUUUGAUAGGAAGAGGUUUGCAAAGUUCAGUUUAGUUAAACUAUAUAGCAUUUAAAUGAGCUACAGAUAUGACAUUUCCGCCUAUGAGCAGCACUUUAUUAAUGAAUUUGAUUUGGGGGAUUGGUGCUAAAUGCAAGACUUAGGAGUUCAGACAAGAUGAUUACAAAAAACCUUAAAAAAUUGAUGCAGUAAAAAAGCUGAAAUUUGUUCAGAAGAUUUCACCCAAAUGUAGAGAAUAAAGUUUUGCAGUUCAAGAUUUACUAAGGAGGAUCCAAGACCCUCAUCAGCACUUAUCAUGCCCUGUGUUCUGUGCUGGAUCAUUGUGCUCAGGACUUUGUUCUGAUACAUGCUUUAAACAGGGUUUUUCAUAGGACUACACACUUGAGAUGAGUUCAGAUGAGGAAAGAUUCAUUGGGACAGCUGUGCAAAGAGCUGGAGAGUUAAACCUUGUUUCCACUGUAAUGUCAUUGAAGGUCCAAAUAAGCUUAAUAAUACAGUAAUAAGUCUAAAUAGGUUGACCUAACUCCAGAACAGUGAGGUAUUUGUUCGUUGACAGACACUUGCUCAUUGCAGCCUGUUUUCUGUGGGUGAUAAGAAGACCACUGUGAGGUAGAACAAACAAUGUCAGGAUGGUUUUUAAUCUUUUGUUCCAGAAUAAAGGAAAAUAACGCUUUGUAACACUUUUGCUGGCUUAUCUUUUACAACACACGCACUUCUGUAAAGUGAACUUUUUUGAAAAGGUGUUGAAUUCUUGUCGGUUUAUUGAAGAAAAACUUUUUACAAAGGAUGAUUUCUGGUCAGUCCGCCUUCGCAGACUUUAGGUCUUUGGGUUAGCUCUGUGCGUCACAGACCAACCAAAAGUUCUGUGAUGGUGUGUGUGUGUGCUGUUGGAGGUCUCACCAUCCUGUCAAGAUGCUGAUCUAUUCUUUCAGUCUUCAGCCAAACAGGCAGUGAGAUUUCUGACAUCUGGGAUUUGUCAAAUGACUGCUGAUACUGAUUUUUCAUCAGAUCAAUGUGAGUAACUAAACAACGUUGCCCAAGGCAAACUGAUCUUGUCUUGCAAAAAUCUGUGUUGUUUGGCUGGAUCUGAAAACAAGACGGUCUGUGUUGAAGGGAGGAAGAAAAUCAUGAAGUCAGUCAAAGUAAAAUAAGCAAAUAGAGUAAAAGGAAACAUUUUUUUGUUGCAGUAUUAAAGCCUGUAAUGAUCAGGCAUGUUGUGGACGUAGCAGCCAACCAGACAGUCAGCGGGUUGAGUCUGAACCGUGAGUCAGCUGCUUCAAACAGCACUCCCCUCUCUGGCCUCCAUUAACUUCCACCCCCACCUUUUCCACUGUCCCUGCACUGCACAGGAGAGGUUUCUCUCUCUCUCGCUCUCUCUCUCUUUCUCUUUCUCGCAAUGUUGUCAUUUAUCUCAGACUGCUGUUCGGACUGUCCAGCUCAGACCAUACUAUGUAAAAAGAUAGUAAGCCCUGGUUUGUUUAAUGAGGGUAAGACACGGUUUGUUGGGGCUCUUGCAAAUAUUCUUGGCCAAGGUAUUUAUCUUCUAAACCCUGUUUCUCUGUGCUGUCAGCAUUUUGCCAGAAUUAAAAUAGAAUCAAAGCUUUUCAUUGGAAUAACUUCUGUUUGAAAACUAAAGAGCAUUAAGGAGGAACAAGUACAAUGUGUCUCAUUCUACCGUGUGUCUGUCAACACAGAUUGAAGUAGAGAGUGACAUUUUUGCCUCGGUAUAACCCUCCAACUGAAACACCAAAUGACUGAAAAACAACUUAAGGCAGGGAUAAGAGGUUGGCAGCCAAGUAUGAACAAAGAAAACCUCUCUGAGGGUGUGUAAAAAAAAUCUCUUUGUUGUUUGAAAUUGAAAAGUUAUCAAGUUCAGGUAGAACAGAACGAGAAUGCCUCAACUGAAAACUGAAGCUUUUGUUGUACUGCAAUUUACCGAUAGCAAAAUUUACGAUGAUAACCGGUGUCAUUUUGUCCAUAUCAGUAUAUUCAGUGUCAAAAAAAUAAAUUAAAAAAAGAUGUUUUUGGAUCAGUGUUACUUCGUCAAUGCCACGACGAAGACGUGACGUUGACAAGCUAAACACAAGUCUUAGAUGAUGAAAAUGUGACGAGACAAAUGUGUGUUUACGUUGACAAGACGAGACGAGAUGAAAACGUUAGUGGUGGACGACGAACAGAGUAGCAAAAUUCAUGAGCAUUUCGUCAGUCAAACGCUAAACAUAUAUUCUGCAGUGUUGCUUUCGUUGACGAUGAUGUCAACGAAAGCAACACUGUUUUGGAUGUGUGUUGGUAAGCUAUAGUCUCAUGUCCCUUUUUAAGAUGCUUUCCCAUGUCAGAGACUUGACUCCACCCAAUCAAGUGCAUAAAAAAGAGGAAAAAACAGGUGAGGAGAUGGAGGAUGGUUCAAUAUGGGAGGAGGGGGUGAGCAGCUUGUGGAGUAGUUAUCGUCCAUUUUAUUGUUAUAGAGAUGAACUGCUUAAUAUAUCGUGAUAUUAAUUUCAAGCCAUAUCGCCCAGCCUUAGAAAUACCACAUUAAGGAUGCUGAAUACCAAAGCCUGUAUCCGGAGAGAGCACGACACAUCUAUGUCAUGUACAUUUGUGAAAAGCAAACGCAGGGAGAGCGGCAGCAGAGGAAACCCAGAACAGAAUAGAGCCACUAUGAGUGACAAUGCAAAUAACACUGCUAGUCAAGUCAAUACUUCUACAAAAUGAGAAAGCUAUCAUUAGACCAAAUGUAUUCCUCGUUGUAUAUGUUCAGACUUGGGGCAAAUUGAGUGUCAGGUGUAAAACUGAUGAACCAGAAAACUGCUCUAAACAAACUUACACUCAACCUUUCAUUUCAUGUCAUUUCUGCAAUUGUUGCUGUCACUGACUUUUUUUUGGCACGGUGUCAAUCAAACGGAGGCUGAGUACAAAACCUCCUGCCUCAAGUAUAGGUGUCCACUUGAUGGCUGUUUUGAUAUUCUGUCCAUCAAACCCCACGGUUUCUUAAAAAAAAAAGGUCAGAUAUUUAAAAAAAAAUAUUUGUUUCAAUAGUCGUAUCUGUCAUCAAUGGAGUUUUCUUUCUCCCUCUGGAAAAGUUAUGCUUUUAUUUGGAAUAGACAGGACAGGGAGUUGAUUGGAAUCAAAGGAAAAGAUUUUUUUUAUGUGAUGAUUUUGUUGGACUCCUUGAUCACGGCUCUACCUUGAACUGUUUAUAUAUAAGAAGUAGGAAAAGGCCACAAUUAUUUAGCUGAUCAAAGAACAUUUUAACCUAAUCAGUAGGUCUGUCCCAAUAUGAUAUUGAUAUCGGAUAGCGGUCCGAUAUCAGCCAAAGAAGAUAUAUCUGAUUAUAUCAGCACCCCGAUACAGUCAGUCCAUUUUAGACUCCACUCCGGCACCUCUAGCUAGCAGCACCUGGAUCCAGCAUGCAGAGCUCACAUGAUCACAACAACAGUGUGCACUAAGGUACAAAGUAGCAAGGAGUAGGAGUGAUGUUGGCUGUGUGGCAGUAUUUUUCGUUUAAGUCCAAAAAAGACGUUGCUGCUGAGUGCAAAACUUGUCUUGCACAAGUAUGUGCCAUUAUCGGAUCAAUAUUGGUAUCGGCUGAUACUAAAGGCUACAAUAUCGGUAUUGUAUAGGAAGUUAAAAAGUUGUAUCAGGCAGUGUUGUUUUCGUUGACGAAAACAACACUGCAGAAUAUAUGUUUAGCAUUUGACUGACGAUAUGCUCAUGGAUUUUCCAACUCUGUCGUCCACCACUAACGUUUUCAUCGAGCCUUGCCUUUUCAACGUAAACGCACAUUCGUCUCGUCACAUUUUAGUCAUCCAAGAUGUUUAGCUUGUCAACUUCAUUGUCAAUGAAAACAACACUGGUAUCAGGACACCCCUAAUAACCAGCAUUAUAGCAGCCUUCUAAAGGUUGAUAUCACUAGCAUCAACACCCUUUGAAAAAAGUCAUUGGCUGCUGUUUUAAUAUUGUGAUUUACAAACCCUCCAAAACAUGUUACUGGCCAGGACAGCCAUGUAUAACAGAUUUUAAGGUUCAUGGAAUAACGAAUCGUUGUAUUUACAUUGUUUUAUUAUUCUUUUGAUUUUCAGUUGCUAGGCAGAAGCAAAACAACUAAUUUUCUGUCUAUUUGAUUCAAUCAGUGAUUUUGUUUUCCAUUUGUUAGUAUUAUUUAAGUUAUGUCUUAUGUCAAAUGCAAAACCUCUGCAAAUCGGCAUUAUAUAAUGUAAUCAGUUGAUCUGUAAUAAAAAGGCCUCCAGCCUGUGUCUGUGUGUGUGGGGAUGAACUCAUGGAUGGAGCAGCUGCCAGGGUGCAGGCUGUCUAACCUUUAGAUCAAGCUGCUGCAUAUUUAUAAGACCAGUAGCUCCAACAGAUGUACUGCCUUCUCCCCUCCCAGUCUGUUCUGUGUGUGUGUCCCUCUCCAUACCUUCCUCUUUGUUUUGGAGGAACAAAAAAAGCUGCCUCAGCUUUAUUUUAUCUUUUGUGUUGGAGCAGGCAGGUUUCCACACAGUGUUUUUAUGAGGUCAGGUUGCAGGCGAUGCUGCUGUCUGCGUGGGUUAGAAUUUUUCCUUCAUUUUCAGCGCAGUAAAAUCAGCUAAGACUAAUUGUGCUCCAUAUUUCUACAAAUAACUGUAGCACAGGCAUAAUUAUCUCCAACAUCAGUGUGGUGCUGAUCUAUCCUGCCAUUCAGAAACUUUAUAGUUAACACAGAUUUCGUUUAAAAAGUAGCAUUUUGCUCUACUUUCCCAGCAGGCUUUUCAGGCCACCAGCACACUCUCUAGCUUUGUUUGUCCUGUCCAGAGCGGGCGAUAAACUUCCACUUUCCUAGAGUCAAGGACAGUGUGUUGUAUUUGGGGUCUGCACCGAGUCAGAGCCACGGCUAAAGAUUAAACCUGCAAAGACAAACAAUUCAACUGUGUAGAUAGCAGCAUUGCUGGUCUGCAGUGUGUGAGGGUGUGUGUUUGUGUGUGUGUGUGUGCGGGGGGGUUCAUCCGGGUCUGGGGCAGAGGGCCCCUUUACCCAACACACACACACAUAACAGAGAACACAUCUGGUAUGGACAAAGAGCCGGCCAUAAUGGAUGUGGGGAGGCGAGAGAGGGGGAUUGGGGUGGAUGGGGGCGGAUAGGGCCAUGACCUAUGGAAAUGACUCUGGGAGCUGAAAGGUCCCACCGAAUUGGGGGGGAAUCAACACACUAACACCCACAUGCACACACGCACACAGAUCUAAGGAACAGAGUGGGGGCAGGGCAACAUGUGGAAGGUAGCAUGUAGUCCUGUAUGUGUGUGUGUUGGUUUAUUAUUUUUCAUUUUGACUUAAACAGAGAAGUGUUACACAUGGAUAUGGUGUGAUAUAUAGAACCUGCAGACUGUGGCUUUAUAAGGAUGCACUGUACUGUCCUAUGGUGAAAUGAUGUGGCACCAAAAUGGUCAUAAAAUUUGUGGCUUGCAAAAAAAAAAGAAAAACUAAUAAUUAUAUACUUGCACUUUACUGCAUUGAUAUCAACAUUUCUACAUUUGAUAAACCAUCAUGAUAAGUCCAUGUUACGAUAAUUAUUCCGAUAUUUAAAAGGAAAAUGACACAUGAAGAUGCUGGUUAUUUGCCACCAUUUAAAAGUGAAGGCAAUAUAUGACAUGACAAGACUUCAGGGGUCCUCAACGUCCAGCAGAGCGUUGUUAACCAAACAAGUCACCCAGUGCUACUUUUGCUAACCUUUUUGCUGCUACCUACCAUGAAGAGGGUAAGGUGUUAGUGUACAAGAGCAAAAAGAGUUUCUAUAUGACUUGAAAUGGAAACAUCCAGCGUCUCCUUUUUCAGCCACUGAAUGUACCCAUACCAAAUGAGAUGUUGCUGAUGCCUACAAACAUGGUACUAGGGUAAGGUAAUUCAGAUCUAAGGUUAAGCAUGUGUUGGUUCUAAUGUAGGCUACUGUAGUGAAACUGUACGUUUACAUGCUGUUUAAAAAAGUUCAUAGCAUCAGUCCAACCAAAGCUGAAUUUUUAAAAUGCAUGUUAACGCGUUUGUAAUACUGAAAUCACUUUGUUUGACCUUUCAUAGUCCAAUUGAUAUACCUCAAUAAUGUGCUUGGAGAUCAGUUGUCUCCAUGCAUACAGCUCAGUUGGGCUGAAAGUGUCCUAAGCAUUUUGAGCAUGCUCCAGAGUUUGUACGCUGGGCUUUGGCCCAAAGUUGAAGAGCACAAAUGCGUUGCCUGGAAGCCAGUAAGUAAACAGGACCUCAACAGAAGAAGACAGGAUGUCAAAAAAGAUCCAGCUGUCUUAACAGACGUUAAAAAGAUACAGAGCUGUAAAAGUGUUUUUAUUGUUCAUCAUGUGUCCAGUUGGCCACUUACAAAAGUGCUUGUUGCUUAUUUUGUACCGGGAGUAGUACUGAACAGAGAAGGGCCCCCUACUGUAGUGGAGGCAGACAUGCUUCUGUCAAUAACUUGAUUCUUACCGGGUGCUUUUAAACUGGGACAAGGACAGUAGUCCAGUUAAAUUGAACUAGAGCCAUACCGCGACUUACCUGUGCAUGGAAGCGUGCUGAUUGGUUUCAAUACAGUGUUUUUAAUCAAGUUUAGUGAGUUAUAAUUUAGAACAACCAUUUAUCUAAAUAGUUGGUGAGUAGACCUUAAAAAUUUACUUGUGGAAACCUGUCAGGAUUUGGUGUUUGGCAGAAGUAAAAUCAGGAUUGCAUCUUAUCUUUUUUUAUUUUGUUAACUUUUUUCUUAUAUAUAUAUAUAUUUUAUUUAAGAUGCAAGUACGCCUUUAUACCUCUAAUAUGCUAAUAGGGUCAUUAGACAGCUGAAGAUAUCAGGGACUCUAUACUAGACCCGGAGAUGAUAUGAACAGGUGUCUAGGGAGCAUCAACAAACCAAAAAAUGUUGUAUAGAUUGUACUCUCAACUUCAUAAAAAAACAUCACAACAUCACAACUCUAUAAUUUGAGAGAUUACAAAAAAGAUAAAGAACAUUUCCCUGUUAUUUCAUGGGCGUCAUCAUACUUACAUUAGACAUAAACACAGGAAGUGGCAGAUACUCAUUUAGAUGAAACGAUGUCCCUUAAAAGAGUAGAAACAUUUUUUUGCCAUUGUUGCAUAAAAAUGUCAAAAUUCAAAAAAAAAAGAUGUUUUGAGCUCAAAAUUUCUGAGGGUUCCUCUCUAGGAAGCAUUCUGGCAUUUUUGUUGGUGUGAUAUUGUCACCUCCUUAAAUAAGCAGUGAGUCAGUUAUUAGGCAGACUUUCUUAGUGCUAUCAUGCAAGCUAAAAUUGAAAAAAAAAAAAAAUAAAUAAUGAAUCACAGGAGUCUUUAAGACUAUUACUAUGCGAGAGCCAAUAUCUUUGGUAAGAUUGUGGUUGCCAUGGCGAUAAAUGUAAUUAAUUCAGCGCACGGCUUGGGUGAGGAGAGAGGUGUGAUGUGUUGAUGUGGCUGCACAUUCACUAAGGUGUUGCUUGUAGAGCAGAUAACGGUAUGUCUGAGGUGUGGUAGAUUGCUCCUGGAAGAGGAACAAAGCAUUCAGAAGAGAUGAAAUAUCUUACUCUCUCUUCUGCCAUUUAAAGACAUUUAUUUUAUUUUUGUCAUUAGGAUCCUCAUUCAAAAUGUCCCAGUAUUGAUUGAUGUAGGAUAUGAUUUAUCAGUGAAACACAAUAGAGGACCCAUAAAUCAUUGUGACAAAUGGUUUGGGUCCAUGGAGGGGGAGAAAGGACUGAAGUAAAAACAGCAAAAUGUGAUUUUUUUUUCUCUGCUUUCUUUAGUUCCUCUGCCAGUUUCUGAUAAUAAGUGGGUAUGAUCAUGCAGAUGAAUAAAUUAUCCUUAUAAGGUUGUCAUUUCUGACCUGAUUAACAUAAACACAAAUAAAUGGCACCAGCUGUGCUCUGUGGUCACUUGUAUCGACUGAAUUUUCAUGGACUGAAGUAUCCUGGUGAUGAGCUUUAUUCAGGUUUUGAUCUUAUUUGUAUGAGUGUUUACCUGCAUAAAGAGAAGCUAGGUUUUUCAUACCCAUGUACACACCUGUAUCCUAGUUCCUACAUCAUGUUAGCGAAGACAGCAGUGGUGUUAAUUUUGAAAUGUGAGGAAUAAUAAGAUCACUGUUACUUACUGCCGGGUGAGCACUAUUAAAAACAACACCUUAUUGCAGAUAGAAAGCAUAUCCUCCUUGUCAGCAAUGAGAGAAUAUUAAACAUCUCUUCAACUCUAGCUUGUUUUAAUCUGUCACUGUGAUCACUGAACAAGGGAGCAAGGGAGAUACAUAGUUGUUCGGGGUGGGAAUCACCAGUGGCCCCAGGAUACAAUAUUAUCACGGUAUUUGGCCACGAUAUGAUAUUAGGGCCCGACCAAUAUGGAUUUUUUGGGGCCUAUGCUGAUACCGAUUACUAGGGAGGAAAGAAAUCUGAUUACCGAUUAAUUGGCCAAUUUAAAAAAAAAAUUUUAUGAAGUUUUAAAAUUUUGUUAAUUAAAAAAAAAAGUAAUAUAUCAACAUAUUUACUUACUUUUUUCACAAAUGGCUGCUUUUGAGCCUUUCAAACACUUCUCAGUAACAUUUACCUCCGUAAUAUUCCACAUUUUUAUCAUGACUCCAACUCGGACCAGCCUCUGUGUCUUAACUCACGUUACUAAUUUCCGGUCCUGGUCUCAUAAGUCAGGGAACAUUUUAUGGCGGAACAUUUUCGAAGUGAAACCGAAUCUUUUUCUCCGCAUUUUAUUUCUGAAAAUAUCGGCGACAAUCGGCGAGUUUUGGACGAUUACCGAUUAGUCUCAAACGGGCUAAAACUAUAUUAUUGCAAUUUUGUCAUUUCGCAAUACAGUGAGUAUUGCAAUCGGUGUAUAUAUAGUGAUUUAUACAAUUUUUUUCAACUGGUAAGCUAAUAUAGCAUUUGUCUUUCCUUUAAAUAUUUGUCUUAUUUACGCAGUAUCAUAAUUUCAUGGAGCACAUCUUGCAAACCUUAAAUUUGUUGCACUAACUUUCUCCUGCCAACCUCACUAGACAAACAGUAGAUUUUACUUUUCCAUUAUCAUAGAUUUGACUUCAUAUUAACAAUUAAUUUGAAAAAUCGAUACUUUGUUAAUGACAAUCUCCCACCUGUAAUCGUAUGUGGUGGUAGUGUAGUUCACAGAUUCCAAGUUGAGUGUUUGGCAAAAAAAAAAAUGCAUUUUUAAGCUGCAACAGGAGUCACUCUUGAUGCUACUGCUUUGUUAUAUUGAUAUAUCACUGGGCUGGUGUCGUGUCUUGGUGAGCACAUGCCACAGAGUGACAUUUUUUUCUUGGUUUUCCAUGUAGCAAAUUUGUAUUUCCCCAAACUGAGAUAAUUAGGGAUGUCCCGAUCAGCUAUUUUGGCCCCCGAUCCUGAUCCUGAUCUUUUUAAUGUUGAAGAUCAUCAGAUACAGUCCGUCACAAACUGCUCUAAAACUCCACAGUGUCUGACAUUCAGUGUGGAGAUGGCAGAGCUCACCAUGGAUCCGAAAGACAAUUAGAUGGCGAUCCAUCUCAGUAAUCUGUAGGCCUUUUAGCACCUUCCAGUUUAUUUCUCCUUUCUUUUCAGUCCACAGCUUUUCACUUCAAUGCAGCAGCCUUUUCUUCUGACUCUGUUAUUUCGCUCCAUUUUCAGAUGGCAUAUUUAAUUAGUAGUAUUGAACAAAGCUCUGCAGCUACUGCCUGCGAAACCAUCAGGUGACUGUUUGUCUUGUUUCAUUUUUAGUUAAAAAUAUUUCCACACUGCAGGCUGUUUAACCACAGGGUUGCCAAUUAUACACACUGUUUAUAUACUUGAGCUUUUUGAGCCAUUUGACCCUUAUUUACCCUAACAACUGAUUCAAAGUUGUUGUUGUAAUCUGGUUGGUUGUGCGUAGGAGUUUUUGUAUUAAAGUAUAAUCAUGUCAGACUAAUUAACUUGCAUGUUUGCAUUCUGUACAAAUUGUGGUGUAUAACAGCUGACAUUUAUGACCAGGUGAGAUGAUGAGCUUUAAUUGCUGAUCACGAUCAUUAAAAAAGUGCCAAGAUUGGCCCUGAUGCUCAUUAAAAUACUGUAUUUCAGUCAACUUAAUGUUCAUGAUAAAGCUGUUUUUACUCAUACAUUUCCUCUAGUUAAAAGUUUUUAAUACACGUCUGCAAACACAAGUUUAUAACCAGCUUUUCUUUUCUUGCAGUUGUCAUCUAAUGAAAAAAUAAUUACCCAGAAUUUGUAGCAUCCUCUUUGCAGCCUAUGCUGUCAUUUUUGCACAGGCUGUGUUUACUUCCUGUGCCCUGAAACAGGAAGCUUAACACCAACUUAUAAUACAUAUCUUGUCAGCUGGGUGCUUGUGAUCAUGAAAGUGAUUAAAACACGGAUGCGACACCUUGAUGGCACUUCUAGUCAGGGACUCAAAAGAGUAUAAAGCGCUUACUUUAAACCAAAACUUUGACUGGAAGUUUCUCUCAAUUGCAUCCCACGUGUUAAGGUCUGAGUUAUUUGAAUAAUAUGCUAUUAAACCUGAAUAACCUCAAUAAACCUGAAAAUGGGUUGAAAAAGUAACCAAUCAUGGCUGCUGUCUUACUGAUGUCUGUACCCGUUGUCAGCAUUGUGUGGCAUGAACUGGAACAGUGACACAAACUGUAACUGAAAAAAGGACUCGCCAUUUGUCUGUCUGUCUUUAUAAAUAAAUGAAUACAGUGAAUCUUCAUACAGCACUCCUUAUCCUCAUAACUGUCACGGUAUUAUUUUCGACUCAAAGUUUCUGAUUGUUAUUCCACUGUGUUAUAUGAUUUAAAAAUAAAACGUUCAGUGUUUUAGUCGCCCAAAGUGGCCGAGACUUAAUUGGCACUGGUUUCAUUUACAGAGGACGUGUUCCUCAAACGGUUUGUCAAGAUCAGAGACAUCCUAGCUGCUGUGAUGUGAGCUUGGUGACAGUUCAAGCAGGGGCUGUUGUUUUAUUCAGGACGGCCGUUUGAAAUACCAGCACUGCUCCUACUGAUCCCACCAAGCACAGCACUGAACAUUUUGAUUCACAUUCAAAGUGCUUCAUGCUGGACGUGGUCCCUCGAAUUUAUUUCAUUUUAUUUAUUUAUUUAUUUAUUUGAAACCUGAAAAGGUGAUCUGCUCCCGACACAGAUGCUUCAUCAACCUCCAGAAAGUACGUUUUCUACAUACUUUAAUUUGUAUAAUAUAAUUUGUCUACAUACAAAUUAUAUUAGCCCCUUCUACUCAUAUCACUCAGAUUUCGCUGCUUGUUAUGCUAAAAGCAGACCGGUACAGCAUGAUUAAUACAUGUACUUAAAGUCAAGGUCUGUCAAGGGUUUAGUUUGUUUUGGCUGGUUCUUUGAGGCCAAAUGGGUGAAUCAAGAAUGCAUGAAAUCCCUUAAGGAGAGGAUUCUGGCCUAUUUGUCAAACUCUUGGAUAAUGAAGACUAAUAACUUGACGAAACCUCGCUACAGCUGCUCUUACAAGUACACUGGCCUUUAUCUAGUUUAACAGGGAUACAAAAAUAAAACCAUCAACACAGGACAGUGAACAUGACAUAUUUGUGCACACUAAUAACUUGGGAAAGUACAUAUAAAUGAUAAAAGAAAAAUACUCAAACCUAAGGCAUUUUAACUUCACCCAUCAUGAUGAUUGAUUGAUAUUUAUGCUGAUGUCAUUUCUUUUUGUUGACGCACAUAGUCGCAAAUGAAAAGAAGAAUUAUUAAAGCCCUUCUUAAAAUAGAGAAGACUUUACACCUGACACACUCCGACAUCAAAGGGGAAAUAUCAAACCCUGGGAAGAUGACGACGUCUGAGUCAUUUCUAUAAUUACCAUUAGCACUGUGACAGGAAUAGUUUUUGAGAGCUUGUAUGAACACCCACGUGACAUAAACAUGGCACAGCAUAAUGUAAGCCUGCACAAUAGAUUGCAGAAUUAUCGAUAAUGCCGAGAAAAUCUGAAUUUAUCCCAUUGAAUUAGGGAAUCAUCGGAUGUACACAUUUAGUCAAUAAGUACUCAUUGAAUACGUACAUCUCACCUUCUAGACAACAAACUGGCUUAUCUAAGCCAAUGUGAACUAUUUGAUAUGCAUAUCAUGCUCUAGCAUUGGCUCUUUAUUUUUUCAAUUUCAAUGCAGGACUUUUGUGUAAACUUUAACUGCAUCUGCUGGCUAAUGUGUGUGAAUCUGAUUACCAUAAUCAAUACUUGUAUCGGAUCAGAUCAGUAUCUUUUUUUAAUUAUCGAUACAUAACUCCACGUAUUGGUAUUCACAGGGCUGGAUUGGUGCAUCCCUGCUGAGCAUGCAGCUACAGACUCAGCCAUUUUGCAGUAGUUCUGUAAAGGAGCAUUGUUUUCAGCCUGAAACUUGAGGUGUCUGAAUAUAAGAAAGUUUAGAUUUUCUGACUGCUUGUGAUAGUUAUUGGUCUGAAAAAUGAUCCAAAUUCAUCACACAAAAAGAAACUUGUGUUUUUGCUGCACCCCCUGUGGGGACAACAAACAAUUUUACAAUCCACCUGGUUGACUGACAGCCACCAACCACUCAGCCUUCUGACUUCUCACCAUCCCAAAGCCCCUCUUCUUAUCUGACUGAAUGUCUUCUCAUUUUUCUGUCUAAAAAUUUGCAUCUACUUCAUAUUCACUCAUAAGACCCUUGUGGGCCCCUGUGGCGUUUUCCCCGCCUGACUGCUGACAGCGCUGUUAGACUAAUUCUGCAGACAGUCAUCACUAGAGCAGAGUGUCCAAGAAGACUUUUGCAGCCGUGUCAUCUGUCAAUCUGCCCUCUGUUUCUUUCACCCUCUCUGCUUCCAUCAGUUUGUAUUACCAUUUUUUGGGAGGGUCGAAACAGUAACACAACUCAAGUGCAAGAACUGACCUCCCAAAACUAUGUCUUCACAUAUCACAUCAUUUUUUUAAGGGGUGUCCUGAUACAACUUUUUGACUUCUUCUGAUAUGAUACUAAUAUUGUAGCCUUCAAUAUUGACCAAUACCGAUAUUGGCACAAAAUUCCGCAAGACAGGUUUUUCACUCAGAUAGAGGUGCCGGAGUGGAGUCUGGAAUGGACUGCUUGUAUCGCACUGCUGAUAUCGGAGAUUUUAGAUGCAAGCCGAUAUUAUCCAAUAUUGGUUUUUUUGCCAUUGUCGACUGAUAUCCGAUAUCGAUAUUGUAUUGGGACACCCCUUACUCCUUUGUCAGCAUAGACUCAUGAAAGAGUUGCUAGAGAAUAUGUUUAUUUAACCGUCUUGAUAACUGUUGUAGAAACACUGGUCACUGCUUCUAUCACAGUGCUAAAGACAAUGAAAUACUGAUUAUUGAAACAAUGAGAAAAAGCUGCUCCUAAAAGAGCAGAGUUACGGUGAAUGAAGCUGGAAUCACUGGCCCUCUUUGUGCCUCUGCAGCACUUAAUCCUCAUCUCUCUCUGCUGCAUAGAGCCUGAGCACUGAAUGCGAGAUAAUUCAAUUAUUGCCACGGACAUUUCAGAGCGCUGUGUGUGUGUGUGUGUGUCCGAGAUGUGUAUCUCUAUGGUUUUUGUGCAGGGGUUAUGGAAUUGAAUUGUUAUUGAUUUGCGCAUUGUGAAGCCAUUGUCUUUUGCUGUUCUCUUUCCCUCCUGCCCCCUACUGUAAGUCGAUAUAUUAGAUUAAACUUUAUCCUUGCUUUUCAUUUACAGUGUCUCCUGAGGCUUCCUCCUUCAUGUUGCACAGGAGCCACAAAAAGCCAGAUCCAAGCAAUCUGUCUGUCUUUCCUUCACCCCCCAACCCCCCACCCCCACCGGUCCAACGGUUAGGGGAAAUGUCUCAUCCUGCCAUAAUCAGAUUGUGCGGAAUGGCAUCAGGUUCAUUUGGAGGCAUAAUGGAUGCUCACACCACAACUCCAGUGCCUCCCAGGAUAAGCUCUGUAUCAGGCGGUGUUUGAAAUCAGUAGUGAGCUGUUGAAGUUCACACUUGGUCUCCAAGUGUCUGGUUUAACAUUAGGUUCAACAUGUUUGUUGUUCUGUAGCGUUGCAACAGAAACCAAGCAUCUUCUUAGCAAAUCAAAACAGCCGUUGUGUGUUGUCGAAAUCUUAUAUUCUCCUGCUGAGUGUCUGCAAGUACAAGGAGAUGAUUUGACAUUGAAACACCAGCAGCUCUCUGAGAAAAUGUUUUUGUCCUCUAGGUUUUUUUUCUCAACAUACACCUCAAAAUGUACAAACAAACUACAAUAUACUAUCUUCUUUCUCCAUCCCUUUUAAAUAAUAAAACCACAACACAGACCUUGCUGUUAGACAGGUAAAUAAUUGAGUAUUUAAAUCAGUGACUAGGUGGAUCUUGCUUUUGUUCCAGAGAUCCAUUAAGAUAAGAACAAGCUAAAAAAAGGUGGGCAUGUUUCCAAGUACACCUUGCUUUUUCCUGUUUGUCUCCAGCUUAAAGGUCAGGAUUAAUUGUUACUUAGUUUGAUUUUUAUAGCAAAAUGUCACGCAUUUGCUUGUUUUAGCUUGGGGACCAUUUGCUGCCUUUGUUAUUGUCUAAUAUCUUAAAUAUCUUGGUUUUAAGCAAUUGCUUGUAUGGUAUUGUGCCAUGGAAAAUUGACCUUAUUACCGUUUUGUGGCAUUUUAUAGUGAAAGGAACUGUUUGUAGCUCUCCAGUUUUUUGCAUAAUUUCUGCUCCAGUAAUUGCACUCCAGCAGUUAUACCAAAGCUUAAGUGCCACAUUGCUCUGGCACAUUACGGACUGUACUGAGCAGUCUGUUCUGUUCAGUAAUUAAAGUCAUUUUGUAGAGACGGACUUUCCAUACCAGCAUGGGGCCCAGUUGUGUUAUAAGAAGAGCCUCUGUGGAAAAAUGUAAUUUGCAGGGCAGGGGUACAGAAAUAUUUGUCAUGAUCUCAGUCUUGCUCAAACAUCUGGUGAUGUUAUUUGUUCCUCUACACUACAUACAACCAACAUCAUGCUCCAACUGUAGCGUCAGUCAGUACACCUGGUCCUUUUGAUUUUCCUUGUCUUUUUUUUAAUGUACCAUCAUGCACUAUGUUCUUCAGGCCAAAUUAUAGACUGUAUAUAGAAUGGACGCCAUCUGCCUCCUUGCUGGGUGAAGUCACUGCCAGAACAGCACCAUCUGGUGACGGGCUGCAGUAUAGGUCAUAAAUCCCGCCUCCUCCAGCAAUCCCUAUGCAGCUGCGGACAAAAUUAAGAAAUUUAUUACACAGAAUUAAAUUUUUUCUCCCCUCUGCUUGCGAUGUUGACAUGUAGUUACUGUAAGACUGGUUUGUGCUCAAGUCCUCUUUUUUUCUGUACAGCUCCAUUUUUAAAAGUUAUUAGGGGGUUCAUGUUUUCUGUGAUUGACACUUGAUACAGCUUAUGGGCGAACGAAGAUUGCAUAGCUCACCAGGGGGAUACGCCGUUUGAGCCGAGCGUCAUCACAGUGACUCUCACCGACUCUCCCUCUGAAUGCGUACAAUGCUACUGCGCAGUGUUGGUUUCUGGAAGUGGAGAAAAAAACUUGAAAUUACUGAGAGCUUUUCGGCUUCAAAUCCGUAUACUGACGAAAGGCUGAACCAAAUUGUCCGUAGUAUAAACAGUCUGAGAAAAAAAGACAUUUUAAGUAUUCAUUUUGGAUUCAGGAAGGACAUAGUGCAUGUAGGUAUUUUAAUAAUGAUAAAGAGCAGCAGAUAAACAUAAAAAAAUGUCAGGUGUAUGUUGUUUAAGCUUGACAGGUUGCAGUUUCACAGCACUUACUUGACUUAAAUCCUACAGUCCGAGUAUAUAGUGGAUUGUCUAGUUUGAAGAGGAUAAUUAUGUGUCUUUCAUAUACAGCUGAUUGAAGUGCCACUUGUGUACUUAAUAGUGUCAUUGGGUUACCAUAAGUCAUUAUACAAACUAAUAACAAGCAAGCCUCUGUCAACUUCUUCCCAUGGUAAUUGUCCCCUGAUGAGACGCUCUUCAACCCUGACCAAUUGUAACCUUGCACUUCCUGGCAAGUCAUUUUCAGGACUUCAAAACAAAGGAUGUGAUGUAAAACCUACUUUGGAAAUCACUCAACUCUUAAAUUAAUUUUUACCCCCAAUUCAUACUUUACAAGUCUUACAGACCCUGCAAUUCAUCUUGUCCUUGUAAGACAGCUCUGUGAUUGGCUGCCUGCUUGCACUGAGCCUGGAGACUGAUUGGGACGUGAAUCUAAUGUGGUUCUUUUCAUGAAGGCUUUUAAGGUUGUCAGCUCGUGCCUUCUUUCUUUUCUUCCUUUCAGUCCUGAACACGGUAACUGACAAGCACCAAGGAAAAUCAACAAUGAAGCACCAGCAUGUUCGUAGUCAGCUUGUAUUGAACUGUAGUUAUCAACCUUGUCCAGGCUGUGAACACCAAAAACUACCUGCUUUCUUCUACGAAUGUCUUAAAUUCUGGGUGGAGCAAUGUUAGAAGCAAACAAGUUCAGAUGUGUAAGACUAUUCCACCAGCAAAUAUAAUAUUUAACUUUUUUAAUCAUGUUAUUUUUCUAUACUGGGAGGGUGUUUAAGUCCAUCUUUUGCAUGAGUUUAACUCUUCUUGGUUUCAUUUUUGGAUUAAAAAGAGUUUUGCAGCUUCCUCAAAUUUGACUGUGGUAGAUUCUAAAGUUUCUUCAGAUUUUAAUGCUUUCAGAAUUGUGUACUUGCUGAAUAACAAAAAGCAUCACUAUAGGCACACAACAUUUCCGUACAAGCAUUAAGUGUGAAGGUGGGAAAGCAUGAAGCAGGAUUUUUUUGUCAAAGAUCAGAGGUGCUAUAAAAACUUAUUCCUAACUCACAGGCUGGUUGUGUCAACAUUAAACAGCAUUGCUAUGUAUAUGAGACAUCUCUCUUCAUGCUUCUAUGGUCUAUCUGGUACAUUUUCACUUAUUUUGAACUCCAACAACAAAUUGUGAACAUUUGUGAAUUAAAUGAUUUUUAAGAGUGCAGAACCUCUUCUGCUUUGUUAACACAUUGCGAGUGAAUUUGCUCUCUCCUCAAAUCAUUUAAAGCUGGAGGCUGGCGUCCUAUAAAAGAAAUAUAUUUACCCUCACAAGAGGGCUUCAACCUUUUUCAUACCUGAGAGCCACUCAAAUGUCAUCAAUGAAAGAAAGUGCGCUUGCUUUUAUUUAGGAAGGAUGGGAUGUGACCCUGCAUAUUCAGCCAGCAAAUCCUUCAAUCUAAUCCAAGACAACAAAGACACACAAAGUGAUGCUAUUCUUAAACAAAUGGAGAGAGAACUUCAACCAAAGAGUAACUAAUAAGUUUAUACAUCCGCAUGACAACCAAAUUCAUGCCCUGGAUUAUCCAAUAAUAUUUCUAGGAUUUUUACGUACUGCUAAGCUUCUCGCUGGAUCACACAUUAGCACCCUCUUGUAUUGGAUCAACUGCAGGGCUUUUGUCCCUGCGUGAUCCUGCCAUGACACGGUCUUUCCCAGAGCCACAACCCUAGCAGCUGCUUAGAUUAAAUGGAUCAAUACUUAUAAAUCCGUAUUACUUCCCCCCGCAGACAGCCCUGCCCCAGAGAGUGGGUGGCCAAAGCACAUAAUGAAUGCAGCACAACUUAACUGUGACUCCAUGUUACAAAGAAGUGAACAGAACCAGAAGUAUACAAAUUAAGAUUUGAUGUAAAUCAUUCUGCAUUGCAUAUCUAAACUGGUGUAACUGAUAAGUACAGUCACUAUCAAACUUCACUCAUACACUGUAUUCUUGAACAUGUCCCUCAGCUAUAUCUGGGUGGGCUGCAUGUAAGAAAGCCAAAUUUUGAACUAGAGGGAUUUAUAAUCAUAGAUAUUAGGUUAUGCUCUGGGUUGCUGAACACGGCUGAUAUUGCUGUCAGGAAAAUGCACAAUAAGCCAAUCGCAAGGGGAUCUGUGUAGUUUGUACUCUAAAUGCUUGCCUCCAUUUCCAUGACAUUGUUUAUCACUUUUGUCACUGUUUGUAUUGCUGAAGGGUCCUUGCAAAUUCGGUCGCGAUACAAACACAGAAGCAGUCAGGAUUAUGAAAGACUGCUCCUUCUCCAACUCCUGCAUCACAAACCAAAUUGAGUAUAUCAACAAGUGAGAGCAUGUCCAACAGAGAAAAGGAAAAGUGAAAUCCAUAUGUGAGGUAAUGAAAAUGUCAUAGCAUUGACGUCCUGAAAUCAUCUUAAAAAUUGAUGGCAGUUCACGGGUAAUAAUGACUACUAUUGAUACAUCCUUUUUCAACCUCCUUUGUGAGGGUGAUGUUUGACUGCAGACAGUUCAAUUAAAUGCCAGUUGCACACACAGAUUAAAUUAAGGUGCUUUGGCUGAAAUGGUCUUUUGUCCUUUUGUCUUAGUAAUAUGAGUGAGGUUGUUCUGUUCAGUAAUAUGCAAUAUUGUAGGGCUGGGCGAUAAACUGAAAAUAUACCAAUACCAAAAUUGACCACAAUUAACUUAUUUUGCCCAUGCCCAUAUUUGGUGUCAAAAAAUAAAUAGCUAAGAGUUGGUUUUGGAUGUGUGUAGGUAGGCUAUGGUCUCAUGUCCCUUUAAGACUCUGUCCUACAUCAGAGACACGACUCCAUCCCAUCCAGUCCAUAACAAAGAGGGAAAGACAAGUGAGGAGAUGGAGGAUGGUUCAAAAGUUGUAGCGGCUGAAACAGUGGCUGAAGUAGACGAAGUUAAUGUGGGAGGGGGUGAGGCGCUUGCAGAGUAGUUAUCGUCCAUUUAUCGUUAUUGAGGUGAACUGCUCAAAAUAUCGUGAGAUUGAUUUGAGGUCAUAUCGCCCAGCCCUACAAUAUAGUCCAAAAAAUACAUCCACUCCAGAUCAUGAUUCUGCCUUAAAAUUGUGAUAUGUUUGCGUCAUUUCCCAUCCUUAUAUAAAUGUUACAUUUAGUGGCCAAAAAUAACUUUUGUGAUCACCAGGUGAGUGCUAAAAGUGGUGGAAGUCUUUUUGCAGAUUAAAUAGAAGUAACAGUUUUGUAUUUCCAGCCUUGAGGGCCAUGGAAAUGUUUUAAUUUUUAUAAUUGUUUUGGCUGCAGCUCAAACACUUGAUGGCGUACCCUUGGAUCAAAUGUGGACAUAAAUAAAAACGCUCUUUGAAGUUUUCUGUUUCAAAGACCGGAGAUGGAUUUCAUCAGCAUGCUUUCACUGAUUUUGAUGUGCAAUUGAAAGAGAUCUCAGUCAAACUGACUCACUGGCAGCUAUAGUUUCCAUUGUUUGGUGAAAUCAGUUUUAUAAAGAAGUGUCCUGACGGUGAAGGUAAACAUCCAAUGGCGUAUUAAACCAAGACAGAAUCAUAUUGUUGGAGGUCACAGGCUUUAUUGACUGUCACCAGACCUCCCAUAUUUGAACUGCAACAGGGAGACAUGAUAAAAUCCAUUUCUCUCCUGUUGAUGUAUUCCUUCUUGAAGAUUGAAUCCAUCUGAGGAACACUGUAAUGAAUAAUUGAUAUAAACUUUGAUCCGGCAGACUAAUUUUGUGCACCCAGCCUGUUUAAACGCCUCUGCCUCUGGCGCUCUCAUACGUCCCUCCACCAUACAGCGCAUGAAGCAGAUAGGAGUGAACUGCACAGAGACAUAAUAAUCAUUAAAACGGCUCUUGAAGUUGCACUGAUAAGGCUAAUGAAAAGAGUGUGGGGGACGGCCGGGGGGGAGUCGGCUAGGAAAAGGCUAGAUAAGGACAGUCCUUUCCAGAAUAAUUGUCUCAAGCUCUGGAACUGGUUCCCAUGAUGCCUCAGUGUGGUCUGUACGAACACAAGACCUCUUUAGCAGUGAUGAGAAGACUGCAGUUGUUUUAAACCUUGGGCUAGUUAGUCAAUUGAUUUAUUAUUGUACAAUUGUUGUCCUGGUAUUACUCUCUAAAUCAGUAUGUUUAUGAUUAAAUAUGUAUGAUGGUGGACUGUCCCGCUGGCUAAGGUUGCAUUGAGUUGUGGUUGUGCUCUGGCUCUGUGACUCAUUUCUAAUAUACUUAGGGUUUGUUUUGAAAACAUUCCUCGUACAUAUUGAAUUUGUCUUUUCGUUUCGUGUGUUAUCGACGUGGUAUCAGAUGUGGUUCGAUUGUGGUUUGCUUCUUUUGUGGAAAUUGCUGCGCACGGCAUGUUUGCUCUUUUUUUUAUGUUUCUUCACAUCCUGGGUUGUAAGAGAAACAUGUUGCAGGUCUACACCAACUGCUGUUUGUGCCCAUGCCAAGUUUGUUUUUGUGUUUCUGAAAAAACAUUCUGCUCAUUUCAAAUGCUCCUAUGAACUAUAAUACUGUUGAAGUUUGACUGACAGACAGACACACUAUCCCUAUUUUGGAGGACUUUGAAACUGGACUCUAGUGGGUUGACAGAAAGUUCGGUUGAGUCGGCAUAUCUAACAUCGAGAAUGUAUCUCUCUCACACACUCCUCCCUGCUGUACUUUUAGAAUAUAAUGAAACAUGCUUAACUGUUGCUUGUAUGCUAUACAGGGCCCCCGGGUCUUGACUACAGUGUUUGUUUGUUUUUUAAAGCACUGACAUGUUUGUGGUUUGGAGAACAUUUGAUUGGAAAAAAUCAAAUAAAAGAUUUUAAAAAAAGACUAUAGCUAUAUUAUCAGCUCACAAAAUAUUUCCAACGAUAAAAUGUUCAAAGGAAAAGAAAAAAUUUCCUUGAUUAAAAAAAAAUAUAUCGUGACUACUUAGUGGUUAAAAAUAGGGCUGGGCGAUAUUGCCUCAAAUUAAUAUCAUGAUAGAUAUAUUGAGCAGUUCACCUUGAUAAUGAUAAAUGGACAAUAACUACUCUGCAAGCUGCUCACCUCCUCCCACAUUAACUUACAACUUACAGCUGCUACAACUUUUGAACUGUUCUCCAUCUCUUUACCCGUCUUUCCCUCUUUGUUAUGGACUGGAUAGGAUGGAGUCAUGUCUCUGAUGUAGGACAGAGUCUUAAAGGGACAUGAGACCAUAGCCUACCUACACACAUCCAAAACAAACUUUUAUUUAUUUAUUUCAUACAUAAAUAUUUGUCGAAAAUUUCGGUAUCGGUAAAUUUUCAGUUUAUCGCCCAGCCCUAGUUAAAAAUACACCAAACUGCAAAGUAUAAAGAGUUGGAUGCUCAGAAUUUCUCAGACAAAAAUUGUUCAAAUAAUUUUGUUUUUCAUUAGGACAAUUAAACUUGUAAAUACAGCAGGUUUUGUUAUUUUGAUUGUAUAGUUAUUGCACAUUCUAGAAUAAGUUGCUCUUAAAACAUCAAGUGUAGCGAUUAUGCUUUUGUGAGCACAGGAGGGCUGUGCUUACUGAAAGCACAGGUGAGGAGUGUUGUGAUACUGAGGCUGCAGUCACUGUCAGUGCAACAGAACACAAGUCGACACAGUUCCAGAUAAAAUUACGUGCAAGAGAACUACAAUCAUUUCAUGUUAUAGACAAAAAGUACUGCAUCAAAAUAUGAACUCAAAACACUUUAAACUAACAUAUGAGGAGGAAUCAAAGUUUAUUUUGUGGAGCAGUUGAAAAUCACACCCUCUCAUCAUAUUCGUAAGACCUCCCUUCCAGACUCAUCACUAACAGAUCCUAUUCAAAUCCUUCCUAUCAGCAGUCCACUGAAGAUAUAACAUCUUAUCUACUCAGCAAAAGUGCUUAUCCACGUCUCAUUCACAGCAGAGGGUGAUUUGCAUUGACUCCGGAGAUGCUAACACAGCUGUACGCACACAGUGUUUCAGUCCCACACCAGGCUCGAGUGUAAACACAACUAAAGCCGGGCAGAUUACACUGAAUUCAUUUCAUGCUUGUAUCCUGAAAUAUUGACUCGUACAGCCGUGGCUUGUAGAUUCCUUUAUUUUAUUGUGUGCCUCACACUCGCCUCAGCGUUUUCCCUUCUAUUGUUGUAAGAACGAGAGGGAGGGAGAGGGGAAGGAAGGGGGGCCAACGAUUGGAGUAGAUGAGGUUAAAGAAGGAAAAAAAGGGGUGAGGAGGGAGGAUGUGACAGGUGGGGGAUGUUAUUCAAAAGGCAGGAAUAGAGAGGAGGGGUGGAUGGAGGGAUAUGUGGUCCAGCCUCUUUCUUACUACUGACAGGCAGCUUUUAUUGUCCGUCUGUUGCCAGGCUACACAUGCAACAAUGCACAAUGCGUAGCGCAUCUAUAAAACGCAGUUUCUUGCUUCACUGAUGCAAAUCAGUACGGGCCGGCUAUAUCAUCCCUGUUAAAGCUGAACCCCCAGAUGGUGCUGCAGUUGAUCAGUAUUCCCUCUAGUGUUGACUGACAGUCUUCUCCCUUUUUAGCACACUAAUCAUUUAGUGUUUGUAUUUCUGCAUGCUGAACCAGUUACACAGAGUUCAACCGUGUUAAAGAUGAUCAUCAUAGAUAGAAAGAGCCUAAUGGACUCAAAAACAGAUUUAGUAUGGGCAUAAAAGCAGUGGUAACAAAUAUUCACAUCAGCCCAGAAAAAGGCUUUGGUUAUUCAGAGCUAGUGUGCCUUUAGACUGCGUUUAUACAGGCAGGUCAUAUGUGAGUACCACUGUUGGAUUGUUGUUAUUCUUGUUGACUGCUUAAAACAUGUUUUUUUUACUUCAGGGUCCAGACCUCGGAGUUCAUCAAGUUAGACAUGACACUCUGUCCCAAAAAUCAUUUGGAAUUAUCUUUUUUACAGAUGAAUAAUAAACAAACCUGCCUAUUUUUCCCACUCCAAAUUUUCUCACUAUUCUGUUUUUUUAGCCUUGUGAACCAUGAGCAUGAAGUUCAAGCGAUCAGCUGGCACAAACAAGGCUUGUUGUAAGCCUUAGAGCUGCAGAGUAUUUGAUUCAAAUGUAAUUCAGAGUGUUGUCAAAGGCUGCCAAAUAUCAUACUGGGUUAGUCAAUGUAGGCGGAGGUUUGACAUUCAGUACACAGAGGUGGAGAUGGCAAGUUUUAUUGGAGAUGAUAAUUUAAGACUCCCAGAAAUGAAAAAACACAACUUGAAUAUAUUCAGUUUGUAUUUCUGGAUCAACACCGUGGAACGCUGGCAUUUAAAGGAAAUAAUAAAUUGACAGUGCCAAAAACUGAGUCCUCAAAAAGCACAUCUCAGAAUUGAGAUGCCACUAUGGUGUAUUUCAAAGAGCACUUGAAAUCCAAUGAAUGUUGUUUUGGCAUCAACCUAUAUACAUUUAGUGGAUCUGUAUUGACAACGGUGCCUUUCCCUCUUAAGUGUGUUUUCAUAAACAACUUUUAAUUUUUUAUCUUACCGUCUUUCUGCUUUGUUAAACCUUCUUGGACACGCACACAUAACACAUCUUAGAUUCUGAAUUGUUUCACUUGGUAUAAGUUUGUUCAUGACCCAGCUUUUUGUACCAAUCCAAAAGUAGAAUGCAGAAUAGUGCAAAACCACAACCAGCUGUGGACCAUUUUUUAAAACAGUGGCAUAAAAGAGGUCAUGUUCAACUUUGCGCUCCAAUCAAUAACAAGAGGGACGUACUGUUUGAGCUGUCUGUCUGAUCUGCCAACACAAAGUGCAGUAAGAGAUUUUCUUGUUGAUUGAACGCAUACAGGGAUAGUAAAUGUAUGGUUUAAAAUAAAAGAGGGAUGUUAAGGGUUGGUAAAUAAACUUGUUCGGCUGAAAACACAUUUGGCCAGCUUGUCCAGGUGUCUUCUAUUUUCGGGACGUCCUGUUCAGCACAUAAUAUUGUUUUCAGAUUCAGAAAACAAGGCCAUUAAAAAAAAAAAGUGUAUAGACCUCUUGCUCUUUGGUUCUACAAUGAGAAAGUGCUUUUUGUGUGAAAUACUUUGUUUAGCACUUUGUGUUUUAAUGUCCAUGCAGGAAAAGUGCUCUGUAAAUAAAGUUUUGAUUGAUUCGAUUGAUUCUAAAAACGUCUAUAUGGACACGGUUUGUUGCUUCAUUCAUCAAUGCUGGUUAAAUCUCUGCCAUGUAAAAAAAAGCAUGGGUUUAAAAUGUGUCAGUACAAUGAUAUCCACGCCAUGGAUCCUGGGCGCUGUGUCAAGAUGACAGCAGCAUCAAGAUCCUUGUUAAAGCAACACACAUGAAUUAGUCCCUGUUUUAUGAAAUGCAAAUUAAAGUUUGACCUCUCACCACAUUUCCCUCAUUAAAAAGUGAUAUCUUCACCCUUGCUAAAAGUGGUUCAAUUCUUCUUUAAUGUGACUGACAGCUCGAGCCUGUGAAUGUCAUAUCUCUGCCAAACAUUGAUGCAAAACACAGUUCUUUGUAAACAUCUUAACAAUCCAUUAUUCUUCUGUUGACAUUACAAACCACCCUCAAAACAGGGUGAUCAAUAUGUGUUCACUUUUUGUCAACAGCAUGGGCCAAGCCUCUAAAGUUCUGGUGCUAAAUCUCCCAUGUUGCAUCUUGAUCUUUUGCACCAUCCUUUCAGUAAAUGUCAGCUCUGUCAUCCUACAACCAUUUGAUGCCUCUGUCAAGUACAUGCAGCUAAAAAGUGAUAGUUUGCCGCCCUUUUUUUAUUUUUUAUUUGGCAGCUCUUGUUCAUUUCUCCUCUAAAAUACAUAUCCAAUAUCUAUUUUCAGAUUGAGUGUUUUUUUAUAUACUUUUUGCAGCAUCGUAGCUUGUUUUACAAGUGUGUUUACCACUUGUAAAUCUAAAAAUCUAGAAAAGACAGUAGAAUAGGAUAAGCGUAUUACUCAUGGUUCAAGUAGAAAAAAAACAGUGGCUCUUCCUGUUGAUACAUCAGCUGGUGUUGCGGUGAAUCAUUUGUGGCAGCUAGUAUUUUGAAACUACAUCCUGUGCUUACAAAACGCGAUAAGCCCUAUAUGAACCUCUGACAUUUUCUGAACAAUUUCAGGGCAUUCAGGCUGUGAUAUUUCCAGGGUCUUACCAUUUAUACAUGGAUCCUAAAGAGGGAGAUUAUCUAUUUCAAGCACACUAACAACUCUGUAUCCUCUGUUUCCUGUUAUUUAGAGUGGUUAAAAUUUUGUGCUUAGAUGCGUUUCUCAGUCUAAAGACCUCCUUCAUACAGAGGAACACACUUAGUGGCUCAUGCACUGUAUAUUAAAAUAGGCCUGAGCAGCCUUGAGGGCAGCUAGCCAGGCUUUUGGUUGAUGUUUUGUGUUUAGUCUGGCUGUCUGCUUGCUGUCACUCUAAACAGUGUGUGCGUAGUCGCUCACAUUCUGUCUGACCACAUUGUAGGAGCGUGCCCUUGUGUCUGUCUGCUCUCGCACUUCCUCUUUCAUAUCAGACGUACUGUAUCUGUGUCAUAUGAGUGUGUGUGUGUGUGUGUGUGUGUGUGUUUGGUUCCCAGUGCUCAUUUGAACACUUAACUGUUCUUAUUUCAAUAGAGACAUACUUCAACCAGUGUUGGCUUUUUUAGGAUGAUAGGAUUUAAUUAGAAGCUCCCUGUCCUCAAUACUAAUGUCAUCUCCUAAAACAGACUUCUCUCAGUCCCUGAUGAUCUCUGUUUCAUACCACAAGACUUAUCAAAUCAUCUGUAGCUGCACUCAGACAUGUGUUUGUGGAGCAAUCAUUUUGUUUGUUCCCUCUUUCUGCACCGGGCCGAUACUUUCACCACAAGUGCCCCCAUUCAAUGAGAGAACCACUCAGCUUCUUAACAUUCAGUUCAUCCUCUUACCUUUUCUUUUCCUCUAUUCCCUGUCAUGUCAUGUGUUUAGUUUCAUUCGUCUGUCAUAUUACUUGUAGAGCUUUUCAAACACACGCACAAAAAAAGGAAAAAUUCAGUGAAUCACUUCCAAAGAUGUACUUGCAUUAAUAUAAUAGAAUGUUACAGAAAGGCUUGUCAUUAUUUGACAUCUGUAGAUGCCUUUUCAUCUUACCAGCAAUUCAAAACCCAAGGACAAAGCAAACAAGUAGUCUGCUGAGAUUAAAAGGCACGUCAGUCGAUGUAUUUAUUUCCUCCUCAUUCCCACAUUGUUUGGCUUUCUUUGUAAAGCAUCACGAGUGCCCUGCCGCCUCUGCUGGUUAUUUAGAUUUUAUCUUUUAAAAUGUUUGCAGGAUCUUUUUUCAGGCACUAUGUGCCUGUUGAAUAGUGAUUACUCACAACCCUCAAACAUAUAACAACUGGCCUCGGCAGGUAACGAGGGGAAAUGAAAGUGACUCCUACACCAUACCUGACUGUUCCAAAUUGAACUAUGAGAAUAGACAAAUGACUAGUCCAAGGAUAAGAAAGCACCAUUAAAAUAUUCAAACUUAGUACAACUUAUUUGACAUGGCUAAAGACAGUGAAAGAGCCUCAGGGGAAACAAUGUUAAAACGGUUUUUCGUGUGUCUAACAGUAGCAGAGCUAGCACCACCAGCCACCUGACCUUCAUAGAGGUUAAUGCCUGUUACCCAUUGCCCUACGAAGGUGGUAAUUAGGGUUGUAAGCAACCAAAGAAACUCUUGGUGUAAAGUUUAAAUAUUCAGCAAACCACCAGACGUUGAUUUACGUGGACGUUUUUCAAUCUUCCUGUCUCCAACCAGUCUCCAGUGGGUUGGGCAAAUCCAAAAUGGUGAAAAAGAGGGGGGUGGCCUGGGUGCUCCGAAAACACCCCCAUUAGAACUUGGUACAUUCCUCCUGAUGAAAUUAACCAUUGACUGUAAAUUGACUUGGAAAAAAAUUGAGUCAACCAAUCGGAAUUUUGGUCGACUCAGCACGUAUCGACCAACAAGUCAACCUGUCGACUAGGACUUUACAGCCCUGAUGGUAAUAUGCCCAUUUUACCAGACACAAUCUACAAACAACUGUAUUUCUUUUUAACAGGGGGAUCUAAAUUCGAUGACCUGCUCCAUGCUCCAUUUGGAUCCAAAUAAUUGAAUAUUAAGUGUAUUAUGGCAAAAACCAUUAGUAAGCUACAGCUGCAGUGCUGCAAUGUUAACAAUUAGCAAUGUAAGGCCUGCAUUUGUAAGACCCAUUUGUAAUUGUACACAUCCCAGCUGUUAACCCAAACACAAUUAUAUAGACUUUUAUUAUUCCUUUCUAAAAUAUUGUUUUUACCAUGUAGCAUUAAUUAUAAAUGAAACUGUUGUGUUUUUGUUGAGUAAAAGUGUUUUUUUUUUAUGUCUCCUUUGCUGAUGAUUAGUUUUCAGCGGGCCCUGCUCCUGAAAGGCAAACUGAACCUGGAUAGAAAGUAGAAGGCUCAGCUUGAUGCCUCGGGGGACAGUGUUGGGGGCACAGAGUUAUUAUUAAGUUUCAAAAAAGAAGACAUUUAGUUUUUUAUUUAUCACUGCUGGGCAUUGCAAUUUUAAAGUCACCUAAGGUGACGGCUUCUCAAUAAGAUUUGCUUCACUCUUUGACACCCACGUCAGGCCGACUGCACCGUGCAUACUUUUAUCAUAGCAUUGUUUUCCGGUAUGGUUAUGGAAGUCACGGGUGUGUUUUUGUUUGUUUCUCCUGAGCCUGACGCUGACUCAUCUGUCUACAUGUAGAGACGUGUGUCUGGUUUGUUUUUUCCUUCCCUUACUGGUUCAUAAUCUGCUCUCAGAGCAUUCAGUCCUUGAAGUUUGAUUAUGGUCCAAAGUUAUCUCUUUUAAAUGUUGCCCUGAAAUAGUUUCAUACUAUUGAUUAAGUGAUGACAGACAUAUGGAGAAUACAUCAAUUGUUUUCCUCAAAGGUGUAUUCAAGGUCAGACACAUGGGGAUGUGUUUUAAUAGUGAGAGCAUCUUGUGCACAGCUCAGAAGAAGCAGCAGUAGUCAGACCUGUCCUACCUUGUGAUGACAGGAAUUUCGGAAAGAUCCAACAGACUUCUGAACAAUGAAAUGACAGAAGUAUGAAUCAAAUAUCAAAGUCGUGAUUCAAAUAGACUCAGGCUAACAAUAAGAACUGACAAAGAAUACUUUGAGAAAAGGAAAUGAAAAAGUUGUUCCUGUGACUUACAGCUUAAAAAAAAGGGUGAUGGCAGUAAUCGGAAACAGUCAAGUGUCUUAACUUCUGUUUUGCCUGUGCUGUCACAAGUCAAUGAGCUGGGGUUAGACUUUCCUAAUUUUACCACCCCUAACUCCAACAUGUGGAAAAGUUCAGUUAUUUUGUAGUCUAGACGUCUGGACUUUGUUUCGCCGAUACACUUUAUUUGUGUGUGUUGGAUAGACAGUCUUAUCUAAGGCUGAGUCAGAGAGGACCAGUGUCAGCUGGCUCUUAUUAAGCUGUCUCCUUUUUUUUUUUCUUUUUCCAAGUAACACAACCACUUACAACAUACAAACACACACACACACACAAACACACACACAGUUGUUGUUUUGCCUUUGUAAUUAUGUCCCCCUCCCUGACAUUGUCUGUCUGGAAUUCACCUCCAGACAAUUCCUAAAAUUCCACUUGCAACAAAAACCUCCUGUUACAUUAAAUUUGAGAUAAUGGAACAGCAUUCUUGGACUGGUUAUGUAUUUCUUUCCGGUAAUGUGGAUAUUUUACUGGCAUCAUCUCUUGUGUUGAAAUCCCUAGCCACAGAGAAGUUGUAUCUCCACAGGACGGAUUUGCACCAUUGUACCUUUCACACUGUUAAUACCAUCUGCCUGUGUGUGCUGAUGUCGAGCACUCUCAGCGCCUUUACUCCUCUGACUGGGGCUUGCCGUUUUAAUUAUUCAGAGAUCUUGUUGUAGGAGGUGUGUGUUGCUUUAACCUGGCCAGCCAUGCAUGAUGUGUGUCUGAGCUGUAUAAUGAUACCAGACUCUCUGGCUCUCUGUCUGCCCUGUGUUUGAGGGCAAGGACACUGAGGAGAGUAUGAGAGAAUGAGAGAUAGUGACCUGGUUUAUUCAUAGCACUAUAACAGCAUUACGAAUGGUUCCAAGCCUGAGGGAUUGCUAAGCAGACUUCCUUACAUUAAGCACAUUCCUCGUUGUGUGAGUGUCUGGCUUGGUGAAAUCUCAGUGUUGAACAGUGUUUGACUGUUUCCCACCUGACCUGUGACUCAAACAUAGAGCAUCAGGAAAUCUUAUUUUCAGAUCGAACUUGUCUUGGAUUUUUUCGUUGACUUUAAUCAGCAACGCAGAGGAUAAGUUAGUGUUCAUCCUGAUGCAUAAUGCAGCAUGGAUCAGAUUAAUUUAUGAGACGUGAUUUUAUUUUGUUUGUUUUUUUCUACGCCGGGAGAAUUUUCUACACAGUAUUGUUGAGAUGCUAAAGUGAAACUGUUGGACAAGUUAGAACAUCGGCUACAUAAACUAUGAGUGAACCCUUUCAUCAGCUCAUGCUUGACAGAACAAAAGACGACUGUAGAAUGUUGAAAAUCUUAAAAUAGCACACAAUAUAAGAAGUCAGCAGAUAUUGUCCAAGGGUACGAUUGGGCAAGUGUAGGCCUGGCAUACUCGUGUUUGUAUAUUUGUGUUUAUUUGUUUGAUAUUAGCUGAUCUGACAGGAGACACAGCUUUGGGUGAGGUUGGAAAGUGGUUACAUCAUGCAGUUUGUCCAGCAUGGCUCACUCUGACUCUAUAGGCACACUAGAGGUGCCAUCAUAUUAGCAGUGGAAGAAUUUCCUGUCCAAAAUCUAUACUGAUGAACGUUUAAAGGUUGUAAUAAGGAAGGUUUUAAUAAGAGAAGGUGGCUAAAAAUCUUUCAAAUAGAAUUUAAAUUUUUUUCUGGGAAACAAUGGUUUUCUUGGUGUUCAGGGCAAACAUGGAACAUACAAAAAAUGUAUCUGUUUGUCAUAUUAAAUUUAAGUCAUUUUGCGCCUUUUUGAUUUAAAUUUUUUUUAUGUCUUUGUGAUUUUAAAUUGUUUUAAUCUUUCCUUUUUUACUAUUUUAAAAUGUAUUUCCUUGUAUCUGUAAAGCACUUUGAAUUACCUUAUGUAUGAAUUCUGACUAACCAACCUCGUUUAAAGAUAAGACAUUGUCAUGAAAUAGUCAAAAAUGGGCUAAAUGUAUGUAACUUGGCAAAAGGGGGCAGGCUUUCCCUGACAUUUAACUGAUCAUGGUGCACCACCAUGGCUAAAUAAAAGUCGCCAUGCCUUAAAAAUCUUUUUAUUAUUAUUAUUAUUAUUUUAUUUCAUUUUAUCAAUUGUGGCGCUAUCUUGGACUCAGUAUGUAUGGGCAUAUAUCGGCACUGCGGUAUAAGCAUUAGUGAGUUGUCAACAUUCUCAAGCCUGUUCUGGUUAUAAAUUGGUAUGUUUGAGAUAUCUUACCAGUUAAACCAGACACAGUCUAAAUACAUCUAUCUCUAUUUUUUAUAUUAAAACCCUGUGCUGUGAGAUGGCAUCUAUUAUCUGUCUCUUUACAUCCAGGCAGAAGUAGCAGUACAGCUGGGAUGCAGUAUAUGAGAAGCAUUUUCAAACAUCAAUAAUUUUGAACUGACUUGUACUGCGGUGUCACUCAGUUGACUCAACACUCAGCUCCCAUUUGCCAAACAGCAUAAAGAAUGUCUGACUGGCUCGACGACGAUUUCCAGUUCAACGCAGCAGUAAUGACUGGGAAGAAAAUAUUGGAUCCUUGGCCUUUUCUUAAAAAGUUUCCCUCUAGCUGAACUGACGCGGCGUCUGCCCCGUGUGUGUGUGUGUGUCUGUGUGUGUCAUGUAGGCACAGUGCCAACAACAAAAGCAAACAUUUGGAGCAAAUCGAGUCUGUAAGUUUGUGUGCGUAGAGUGUGACUGGAGUGAUGUAACGUCUCUCAUUCCCUCGGGGAGAAGGCCUUUCCAAGUACACACACUGACACCCGGGACAGCUCACUUGCACACAAACACACACAGUGGAUAGGAAGUGUAUUUUAUUGGGUUUGAGAAGCUUGAAGUGAAAUCAGAGUGUUGUAAAAAGUCUGCUCGGUAUAUUAAAGUUUUGUAUUGUUUCCACUCAGGGUACAUUUGUAGUCAGAAAUAUCAGAGUAAAUAUAAGAUUUCCUUUCUUCUGCCUCCAGGUCUUCAGUGUUACUGCGACCGCUGCAGUGCCAACUCCAGCUGCACCACCGAUGGCGUCUGCUACGUCGCCAUUCGCAAGUCAGGCACCCGACUAACCAUUGAGCGACGCCAGUGUGUACACGAGAAUGAACUGAUCCCACGAGACCGACCCUUCUUCUGUGCCCCGUCAGUCAAACAGGAUGAGGGCAUCUACCCCAUGUGCUGUACUGAAGACUACUGCAACAAGGAGCCUGAUCUCGAAAUCUUUCCGGGUAAGAGUAUGAAAAACUGUGGAGUGGGUACCAUCUGUUUUUGUCAUGAGGAGUUUGAAAUCCUGCUUGUUACCAUAUGUAUCUCCUAGUAUCAGAAUAGCGUCCUACUCCAUUUUUGAUUAUCCUGUUUUCAUAUUAAAUCAGGAUUUCAGAAACCAGGAUAUAACAUUUUAUCUCAGUUUGAGAAACCAGCUUCUGCUUCAGAAAGACAGAGACAGAAAUAUAGUUGUGUGACUUCACCUUACAGAGGUUUCUAGCAGCUACAGCUUAGAUACACUGGUGCAGCCUCAGCCAAGUGAUGCAUCAGUAAAACAAACAUGCUGGUGGUAACAAGAGUGUGUUACUUCUGAAUUGAAGAAGAAACAGAGUUUUGUCUUAUGGUAAAGAGCGAAUUUCAUGUUUAGAUGAGAGAAAGCUUUGAUCCUCUGGCUCUUUCAGUCAAAGUUGAGGAUGUGAAACAUUUACUUUUACUCUCUUGUAUCUACCACACCAUGUUAGCAUUCAGUAGCAGUAGGGAGGGAUGGAGAUGAAUACUAAGGUAGUUAAGUAUUCGUUGUUACACCAAGUACGAAAAUAAUGGGCUGUGCAUGCUAUACAGUGUUAAACUUGUACAGUAUACCAUAGAAAUACUAGUUCAGUCCUUGACCACAUGAGACACAUCAGAACUGAAAUAUUUAAAAAAAAUUACAAAAUAGAUACGAGUUUGUACAAGACAUUUAACCUAUGAAUACAAGAUUUUUAUGGCAGUUGUGCAAUGGUGAGGAGUGCAGAGGAACAGCUUUUGCUAACCCCUAGGAGAUGCCGAGUUCCAAGCUUGCAGUAGGCCACUUCAAAAUUACUGCUGUAAAUAUUUUAAAAAAAAAUCAACAUCACCUCCAGCCUGCACAAGUAAAAUGUAGGAAUCAUAAACCAAAGUUCAAAUAUUCAUCCUCUAUAUACAAGGAAAUAAAAAAACACUUUAUGUUUAAAAAAGCACAGAAAGUUAAAGUGAGUGUGUAUUUUGUUGAUUCACCUCUUGUCUCAGACAAGCAUCAAAACUGUUUUCCUGCAAUUUCUGAGUUGGUUCAAAUAUUUUUCACAUUUUUUAACAUUUAGUUGUCAUUAGGGGUGGGAAUCACUAGUGGCCCCAUGAUACGAUAUUAUCACGAUACUUGGGCCACAAUACGAAAUUAUUGCGAUUUUUAACAUUUUGCAAUACUGUGAGCAUUGCUCACAUUAUAUAUUGCGAUAUAUGGCGAUUUAUACAAUUUUCAAAAACUGUUAAGCUAAUGUAGUCUUUGGCUUUCCUUUAUGUUUGUCUUAUUUACGCUGUAUUUUAUUUUCAUAUAGCACAUCUUGAAAACCUUACAUGUUUGUUGCACUAACUUUCUCCUGCUCUAUUAUGCUAUCUCUGCCAACCUCACUGGACAAAAAGUUAAUUUUUUUUUUCCAUUAUCAUAGAUUUGAUUUCAUAUUAGCAUUAAUUUGAAAAAUCGAUACUUGGUAAAUGAGACGAUACGACGUAUCACCAGACAAAAUUUCGUGAUACUGUGUCGUAUAGACUUUUUCUCCCACCCUAAGUCGGCAAUCUGACUUCAGCUGCAAGUGUACAGCCUCAUUCUCUUAAACUCACAGAAAAUAAAGAUAUAAAGUCGUAGUUAUUGUCAUUGGUGUAGGACACAUCUGAUCCGAGUUUAUAGAAACUCUGUUUUUCAAAAGUGAGUUGUGGCUCCAACUUCGAGGACAAUACGCACUUAAUGGAAAGUGAGCUGAGUGCUUCUAUAUGGGUCAAAGCCUCAGCUCAGAGAAAAGUCGAAGGCCAAACAAAAAUCUGCUGAGGCGAAUACAGAUGAGAGUUCUUUGAUGUUCUUAUGCCGCAGUCAGAUGUAUAACAAAUACCUCUUUACAUGGUACUGCUGUCAGCUCACAUUCAGAGGCACAUUCUUCUUGUGUCAGCUUAAGAGUGGAAUUGAGCGUGAAGGCAUUCACUGAAAACUCCACAUAAAACACUUACUGUCUUACCUACAGUCACACAAUCAUACACCCUGAAGGUAAGUAAUUAUACUGAAGUUUGUUGUAUCAGUUCUGGUGCUAAAAUGUGUGAAGUUGUGUUUUUUUUUCUACCCCUGAGCUGCUGUUUACCGAAGAUAACACCAGUGUUGCACAAAGAUAUUGUCAUGCAGCUGGUGCCAUGUGUUGUGAUCUUAUAGAGCAGGAGAGCUAAUCCCUCCACCACUGCCUUUACUCUUCUGAGGAGGCUACUGACACACUUCUCAGGGCAGCUUCUUCAGAUAAAUCCCUCAGACACUCCCUCUCAGCGCUGCCUUCAAAGUGCUUGGAGUAUAAGCCCUGUUUAAAACUUCUAGUGGCUACUUUGUCCUUGAAAAACCUGACAGUGGACAACAGAUUUUGGAUGUAGACGUAUUUUGAUGCUGCAUGUUGUAUGGAGCUGUCGAUUUGUGAAAACAAGACUUGCUUGUAGCUGAAAAAAGUGAAAGGUUAAAAUCCCCUGAGGACACAGAAACAGUAUCAGAGUGUCUACAUAAGAGUUGUAAAUCAGCACCUGCCAAAUGCAGGUAUUUUUAUACAGUGUCGGGUAAAUUUGGCAAAUCUGCGUGCCACCGUGGCAGGCAGAUAAAAGUACGACUGACGAGGGAGAUUUGUAAAACACAACAGCACACUCAGACUCAAAUGCUCCCUGACAGUGCCUCCUCUUCGUGUCACAGCUCACGUUUAUGUCUACAGUGACAGUGCAUAGUGCCUCAGCCACCAGGUAAACAUCUGUUCUCUCUCUUCAGGCAUGAAGUCAGCCAAUAAAAUCAGAGUGAAGUGGGUGUGCUCAUUUGCAGUGAGUCUAUCUAAGGGCUCUUACAGGGACUAUGUGCAGGACUGGAGUUGGGUUUUGAUUUGGGCCCAGCACAGCAAGGAUAAAUAUCUCAAUUAUAUUGACCCUGUCUCCUAAAGGUGUGUUUUAAAUGAUGCCUAGUGUAUUUUCAGCCUAAGACAAUCAAAAGAAGCAGGGAGUGACGGUAAAUUCAAACCAAGAGCCUGUGGAGUCAAUCGAAACAGUUGGAAACGUACCUCAGGUAAUUUAAUGACAAAUGCACUCUGACAUUUUUGCAAAUUUGUUGUGGUCGCCAAGUAAGAUAGCUGCUCCGUGCAAAGUCAACAUACUUUGCCUUUGCCUUUCAAAAUACGUCCAUACUGUACUUUUCAGAUGUUUUGGUGUCUAGUCUGUCCGCUCAGUGAAGUUUUGCUCUACCAUGUCCUCCAUUUUUGUGGGAUAACUUUACUGGUUUAGUUUCAAGAGUGGAUAAAUUGGCUAAAUUUUGAUAAGAGCUCCCUCUGCUGGAACUCUCCCCCUAGAGUUCCAAUGAAGGGUUCGAAAAAUCGGACUUACAGUGAACUAGCAAAAAAGUACAGAAGAGCAACUCAACUUUAAACUCCACAGAACCAGUCACAAGCAAUAGCAUACUGAGAAAUGAACCCCUAAUGACUUCAACAACACCCCAAAACACGCCUCAAUUAUCUAAAUGUAAGCUUGUUUAUAGGGGGUUUACUCACAAAAAAGCAAUAAAGCAAAGAAAGACGCUUUUGAAACAGAUACAUUUUCAAAGCAUGUUUUUAUGUGAAAGAAUGGUCGAUGAAAAGAUACGGCUUCAUAACUUAGAUUUUGCUCACUUGAAGAUUCUUUAAUGUGGACUUUAAUGACGGUAAAGCUUUAUCUGGGUGUCUGACCCAGAUAGAUAGGCGGGUAGGCACACAGGCACUGUCGGUAAACUUGUAUUUUGUUUGAACCGUGCGGGUUACCUGUUUACAGAACAAACAGCACAUUGUCACAACACAGCAUCAUAUUUCGUCAUCUGUCUGCCUCGUUUCCUUUAUUUAAUUUAGAUACAAGGCAGAGUUCACAAUGCUGAGAUUUACAUGGACUUUGGAGUGACUGAACUUUUAUGAGGUACAAAGUACACAUCUCCAAAAAGAUGAGUUUGUCUCUCCGUGACCAGCUUGGUUAUGAAACAAUCAGACAUUUGAUUUCGUUUAAAUAAUUGUCUGUGACUUUGCUGAUGUCACCACACAGUUGAGUCUCUGAAUUACAGUGCUCGCCCUCUCUUUACAAAAACACACCAAGUCCAAAUAUGAAUAGGAAAUGGCUUUUUUUUUUUUUUUUUUUUUAAAUAGGUACCAUCAUCAGUUUGUUUGGUUGGACUGCCACCAUGUUUUAUCAACCACAAUAAUUCCUUAACUAAAGAAGACCAAUCAAUAAAAACUAAUUGGAAAAAAAGAUUUGAUCUGCUUAGCUGAAUUUCCUUUUGGGGGCCAUUUAACUUCAUCCUUGUCUUUGUCUUCUUCUUUGUGUAAGAGAGGAAUUCACAGAAAUGUUGCUCGUUAUCAUCAGAAAACACUAUUUUAAUUCAUACAGUGAUCUGUUAUGUUCACAGUAGGUGGCUACCUUUGGAGAACGUAAUAUAAACACGAUGAAAAAAUAAAUGCAGUACGCAUUUAUCAAAAUUAUUUGGGAAUAAGCAGAUGUUCUAAAAGUGUUUUGAUUUGUGUUUAAUGGUAAUCAGAUUAUUGAUCGCUCAACCCUGUGGCUCUGUGGGCUGGUGGGGCGGAAAGCAGCAGCACUACAGCAGAGAUGACGCUUGUUCAGAGCAUGGAGCAGAGAGAGACGGCUUGUUUAGCUGUAGGAAUAAACCCUGUUUACAUCAUUGCAUGUGUACUCAGUCCUCAGGAGCAGAUUUGCGCACAUGCAUUCGCAAUCGACACAAGCAGAUUGUGGUCCACGGCUUUGCAUGUAAUUAUUUUUUCUUUACCUGGGCACCACGGGGAUCUGUCCAUGUGUUUUAACAAGAGGUCUAACUAAUCCAUAGGAGACAGGGUUACCCACCGAAGCUGAGGUUUUUUGACUCCGCUGACCACCACGCACAGCAGGAGCUGCCUUAAUGACAUCCAGUAAGGGCUCAGACUGUUAGAGCACCAACGGGGAUCUGGAGGCGAGAGUGUCACACCAACGCUUUCAGGAGAAAAAAAACAUAAAUUUUGUCUUAAUUCUACACCCAAAAUAACUUCUUGCCGCAUCAGAAAGUUGCUCUUUCUACUCCUCUCUUUGCAUCACUCCCAAGGAAAGACAUGUUUACACCUCCUUAUAUGGUGUUCAUUGGCUGUUCAUGGGUGGGGAUUUAUACUGAAUAGUGGCUCUUAGGAGUUCACUGUCACUUAACUAACAAUUGGCAUUCGUGAACUAAAUCUACACAUAAAUUCACUCAAGUUUCAUGAAUCAGACUCAUUAUAAGCAGUGGUCCAUCACAGAGAGCGCUGUGGUUAAAACCUCGGACGUGUUGAUAUUGUUGUUCUCUAGCUGCCCCAUGCCGGGGCUCUGGGAAACUGAAUCACCCAAACAAAUCAACAAGAGCUUGUGAGGAAACUCGGCACGUUGUCAGCAGGGAUCUGAAUUUUUAGCUUUUCUUUUUGACAGUGUAUAAAAAAAUGAUAAGGCCUUUUGUGUGAGAGUUAUUUUGAUGCAGGCCUACGCACCUGAGUCUAGUGAUACUGCCAGCAGUCAUAAGAUGAAUGGUGUGUUUUUGCUGACAUGUUAAAGCCAAUGUUAAAAAUAUAACCGUUAAAAAGGGGGGUGCUUCUUUUUUAACAAUGACUCAACAAAAUGAAAGACAACUCUGAGUCAGGUACUUUUUGUUUAUAACUGCAGGAUUUUAGACAUUAUCUCCUGAAAAGAAUGCCAUUAAUCAAUUAACUACUGUGUUGAAAGGUAAAAAUUCAUUUAUUGGUGUGCUGUCAACAACUACAUCAUUGUCACUGCAUUUGUGUUUAUGUACAUGAAAUACUUACAAGGUGUCUCACAGUUAAGUUUGUAAAGUCAAAGAGAGGUACUGGUUUGUGCUCAAGUUCUCUUUUUUUCUGUGCAGCUCCAUUUUUAAAAGUUAUAAGGGGGUUCAUGUUUUCUAUGAUUAGUACUUGAUACAGCCUAUGGGCGUAUGAAGAUAGCAUAGCUCACCUGCUGUUUGAGCUGAGCGUCAUCAUAGCGUCUCUCCCGCCCAAUGCGUACAAUGCUACUGCGCAAGUGGUGGUUCCAGGGAGAAAAUCCUGGAAUGACCAAGACUUUAAAAUUCGGCUUCAAAUUCGUGUAAUGAUGGGAGGCGGAGCCACGUUGUUCACAUUAUAUGCAGCCAAUAGCUCAAACAGUAUGAUCAAUACUCUUUUUAGAGCAAAGGAAUCAAGUACCCUCUAAUAACGGUGAUACUUUGUAGACAAUCCAACAUACAGUAAAAAGGGGGGGUCCAUUCAAAUCCAGUAAAGAAAUCUGCUCCAUACUGGUUUUCUAAAAUACUGGCUCACUGUGAAACAGGCUUCAAUAAAAUUCAACAUGGUGUUAAAAAUAAUUUGCAGUCAUAAACACAACUUGAUGAAAGAUGAAAAUGACCCUGAUUUAAAGGCCACAGUGUUAUUCUGUUCAUCAAGUAAAUAAUACUGUAACCUUGUGUACUAAUGCAGCUUUAUCACAAAGUAAAUGGUUCUUUAAGCCCAGACAUGUUUCGUGUUAGUCUGUGAAAGUUUAUUGUCAGUCAUUAAAAAUUCUCAGAAGUGAAGACCUUAAUCCCACACACUAGCCAUCUAAUUAAAGAAAGUCCCAGUAACUCCAGCUGAGUUGACCAUCAAAUUCAAAUGACCAAAUUAAGGGAUGUUUUUCUGAGAGUUUAACUUGAGAUUUGUUUUCAUGUUUUUAUUCAUUAGUGGUUUUAGAGUAGUUUCUAUGCCUCAAGGUAGAGUUUAUUUAUUCAUGUUUUAAAAUGCCUUUUUAAGAUUACGUUCACUGAUGACAAAUUUCAUCCAAUUUUGUUGCUUUCUAUCUUGAGCACUACACCAACAAUAAGAAUAUACAAGGUUUCGUAACAUAAUGAUGAGUUUUGGAAGACGGAAGAAAAGAAUUGGUUUUAAAAACUUUUAAAAAUCCAAUUAAUCCAUGAAGUGGUCCUGUAGGAUGGUUUGAAUACAAGGCUUUGUAUAACAAAGACUCUAAUGACAGGUGCAAUUUGUUAUUGUCAUAUGGUUCACAUUGCAUUACACAACAGGCAGCUGUUAAUGGUGUGUGGAAGGGAUGGGCGAUAUAGGCUAAAAAAAAAUCAUCACGAAUCAUCAUUCAUCACAUCAAGAAUUUUCUGACGAUAAAUCGUGAACAAUAACUUAUUGCCCAUCCUUAGUGUGUCGAUCAGAUUAAACACAGUCAAUUUAGUGUAACUUGUAUUCAUGCUGACAGAUUUUUGUAUAUCCAGAAAAAUGCUUCCCAGCAGAAAAGCAAAAACAACUAGUGUGACCAUCUUACACUCAGUCAGUUUAAUAACCCUUUGUACAGCUGAAUGAUAAAAAAUGCAAUGCAUGAUUCUUUACCCCAACUGUAAACAAUGACAUUGAGAAUUAUUGUAGGAUAAACAUCUUUGGUUCGAGUGGAAGUUUUAAUUAAACCCCACGAGAAUAAAAACGUCAUUGAUCCGCAAAAUCAAUUUGAAAUUCCAUCACUUGGUAACAUUAUUUACCAUCCGCACUUCUUCUCCAGCCGUCCGCAUUAACGUAAUGGAGACAUUUGUUUGAAUGCCAAAAAGCCAUUUAUUUGAUGAAUACUGCAGAUGAAGCAAGCAGCGUUACACAUCCCAUGCUGGAAAAGGGCCUUUGAUAGAUAACAUUGGGCGUCACCAUCACCAAGAGGAAAAUUGCUUGCACAUAGUAGGAUACUUGUAUUUUUGAUUUGUUUUGAUAGGUGACGGAUAAAUCACAAAUAUGAGUAAAGUUGUGUUUGUCUCCGUGGAUACAGAGCAGCAACACGAUGGCUGGCAGGCAUUUGGAACAAGUCAUUUAGAGGCUUUGCUGAGGCUGUGUUUGCAUCAAUUUACAAAACAGUGUAAUAGGUGACACUUGUACACUUAUGACUUCCUUUCAUCCGCCCGCCUUCAUCCAUCACACAGACAGUAAUGAACUAUUCAGGGAAGCUUUAUUCACCUCUUAAAGAAAAUUGAUGUUUACCCCCAUGCCUCAUCCCUCGCUGUUUACUAUAAUGAACAGAAUAGUUUUAUGUAUGGCUCUGAGGGGAUGAAUAUACAUUUUGAUUGUGAUUAACAGUCAAAAUAGUGACAAAUACAGACUCUGUUUGUAAUACUUCUGCUCAGUUAUACCGAAGGUCAUUCAGAAUUUGAAUGUGUCCCAGCAUGCAUUGAGUCAAAGGCAAAGAAGUACUUAGACAAAGACAUCUGAAAAUAUUGAUGAGUCAAGUUUUCUGGGUCAUCUGUCACAUCUGCGUUCAGACUACUUCUUCUGUCUUCAUUUACUUCAGUAGAUGGAUGGAGACAUUGUAGUAGCUGCCUCUUUGUACCAUGUGUGUGUGUGAGCGUGCUAGUGUGUAUGUACGCUACAGGCCAAAUCUCCCAUCACUCAGGCAGAUGGAAUGUGCCCCCGCACCACUUGGCCUGUUAGCUUCCUGGCUGGAGUCUAGCACUUUAGACUGCCACGUGCCAGCCAUCAGUAUGCUGGAAGUUAACCUUCUCAACAGCAUGUGGCCUCACUUGAUCUCUCACAUGUUGGUAAUGUCUUUUAUGUCAUGUUGAUCUUGGUGGCAGGCUUAACUAACUACACCCGCAGGUCAUUUUUAAUGUGUCAUAUUGUUAACCCUCUGUCUGUCCUUGUCUUUGUUCUCUCCCACAGUUCCCACAGCUAAGACUCCUCCUCUGGGCCCUGUAGCCCUCGCCGCGGUCAUCGCCGGCCCGGUGUGUUUGCUCUGCCUGUUGCUGGUGUUGGCGUUUUAUGUUUGCCACAGCCACAGAGGUCUGGGGGCGGGGGGUGCAGCCCAUCACCACCACCAUCAUCGGGUGCCUAAUGAAGAGGACCCCUCUAUGGAUCACCCCUUCAUCACUGUGGGAACAACCCUAAAGGACCUCAUCUAUGACAUGACCACCUCAGGCUCUGGCUCAGGUACCAUGAUGCUGUUUUUAGCUGUAUUAGAUAGGGGUGUCCCGAUACAGCUUUUUUUACUUGCGUUACAAUACGGAUAUUGUAGCCUUCAGUAUCAGCCGAUACCAAUAUUAAGUUUUUAUAGUUGAAUGGACUGCUUGUAUCGGAGUGCUGAUAUCGGAGAUUUUAGAUGCAGGUUUGAUAUAGUCCAAUAUGUGUUUUUUUGGCUGAUAUCGGACUGAUAUCAAUAUCUUAUCGGGACAGCCCUAGUAUUAGAUGGCCCAGGUGUGAUUGCCUUUGCUUAUCAGGUAUAUUUGCUCACAUCUAAAGGCUAAACUAUACUAGUACCACCCAGUUUUACUCAGCAGUGAUUACAGAUCAGCUCCACAGUUUUUGCCUCACAGAAUUACAACUUGCAUUAAAGCGUUUUAACCUGUGUGCAGAGGUCCUCACAGGUCGACCCGCUUCCGUGUGUCCUUGACCACUUCCUAGAAGUAAUGGAUUGGUCCAAAUAAUCCAUGCGUGCUUUGAUUCUGGCUGCUCUGUGUGUCAGUAGCUAUGCUCACAUGGAGCCUUUUAUGCAUAUCUUUCCAAAAAAAGAAAACCACUGGGGAGGCUUGCUUGUAACCUGAUAAGAAAAACUCAAAGUUUAUAACACUUCAUAUAAAAUAAGGUUCUCAUAUUCUCAGUAUUAUAACUGAACCAGCAUCCACAGUCCAAUACCAGCUUGUGAGUUGAUUUUUUUUUUCUUCCUUUUUUGGAACAACUACCUUCCAAUUUGUUCAUAAAUCAAAUUUCUCUCUAAAUUGGCUCGGUUUAUGUGUGCCUGUGACUCCACACACAGGGAAGAGGACACUCUUCCUUUGCAAGUAAAUAUCCACUCACUAUGCAGUGAAGUUGACGGUGCUGACAGCGCUGGUUUCACACAGUACUUUGACAUGGUGAGCAGUAAGGGGAGAAAAACAAGGCAGCACUGGCAUCCGUCUGCGACUGCAAGUCCGCGGCCAGAAUGGUUGUAUAGAAGCCGGACAGCAGGGCAGGUAACAUUGUUCUUCGCGGACGUUUUCCAUCACACAUACCCCACUAUUUGGGACAGACUGUAAAACAUGACAAGGACAGCAGGGUUGGUGGUUGAAGAUGUAGCAUUUUGUCAUCUAACUAAAGUACCCCCAGACACGAUCUCCUGAAAAGCUCUCUGACAGCUGGACUGAUUUGAAAACAGUGACCAAAAGACCAAGGUACAUAUUGAGCCGUGGGGUAAAAUAUAUCGUAGCAUCCCUGAUGAAACCUGUCCGAGCAGAAUAAUGAUCCUCAUACAGUAGCUGAAUCUUCCCAGCAAACAGACCUACAGUGUCUGUCUUUUAAAAAGCUUAUCAAGUACACCACAGAGGGCUAUUACUGGAUUGGUCAGUUGGAAAAGGUUAAUGCUGGGAAAGAUGAUUGACACAUGAAAAGAGAAAUGACAUGCAUGCUUUCUGUUCCCUUUGGACUUAGUUGCCUUUUUUUAGCUGUUUGAGUGUACACCGUGUCAGUGCACAUGUACAGCAGUAAGAGCCUGCAACUGUGAACACAGUAAAGUAAAGGUCUACUGUCAUGACUGGCUGGCCCAGAUUUUAGCUGUGUUACUGCAUAAACACACAUGUACACUCACACACCAGACACACACACACACACAACUACUCUGGCAAAAGCUGUUCUUUAUCCUUGCCAUAAAUUAGCACCUCUCUGUGGAGACUGGCACCUCCAGCACUCUGCCAAGGAGAGACUUGGAUUGAGUUUUUCUAGCUAUUUGCACCAUAUUGCUCAAUAUGCAACUGUGCAUGUGCAUUUGUGUUGUGUGUGUGUGCGCGCGCGUGUGUGUUUUGCCAGAUCUGCGUGGGCUGUUGUAAUCACUAUGCUGAGUCAGAAUUUGUGUUGGGUGUUAAAUAGAGGAGCAUUUUCACUCCACUGUCAUUUUCUGUCUUUAUCAGCACUUUUCCAAAUAUUUGAUUUAACAUGGUCGCAGUUUUAUUUCAAAUACAUGGAAAAUUACAAAAAAAAGUGGUUGAAAGAGAACAACACAUGCGCUUUGAUUCAACUCAUUAAAUUAGGGUGAAAGAUGUAUUGUUUUAUUAUUAUAAGAUGUUAAUUACAAGGAGCUGCAUGAUCUGGAUUGGCAUAUUUUUGAUCGUUGUAUUACAGGAUGCGCAGGAGGAUUAUCCAAGAAACAGACUUUAGAUACUUUAAAGGGAAAGAAUAUUAUUAUGAAGAACAGAUUUGCAAAAAAAACCAUUGAAGUUUCCCUUUAAGUUUCCAUUUAUGCGUUCAGCAUUUUGAGGACUGGGAAAUCAGGUUCAUUUAUUUUUAAUCACUGCUGCUGAAGUGAUGAGAAUGAAAGACACCAUUGCAGCUUGGAUGCCAAAGGUUAUAUGCAUUGUGUUAAACAGAAUUAAGAUAUCACCCAAGUACUUUGAGUUUGAGCUAACACAAGCUGACUACCUGUAACAGUAUUGCAGAAGCCAGGAGGCACUAUCAUUGAUCAUGCAUAUCCCCACAGACCUGUAAAUUACACUCAAGUGUGGAAGUAAACAAUGUUGCUAAUCAGGUGCCAACUGGCUGCAGACCAGUCAACAUGUGGAAGGGUACAAGAGAUGUCAUCAAGAUGCAUGUUGUUCAUCUUGAUGAUGUUAUCAGGAAGUCCCCAGUUAGUGCAAAUGCUGUUACACCAACUGUGAUUCAUUAGAUGUUGGUGAGUAAUCAGUCAUAUUUAGAAGGUAAACCCUCUGUAUUGUAUUGUAGAGUGUGCAAAUCUCGGCAGAUCAGUGAGUAGUCAGUUAUAUCAAAGAAUCCACUCACCAUUUGGCAGUGAUAAGCUAUCCCAUACUUAAAUCUUGAAGACUAAAAAAAUGGCUUUUUCAUUUUAAAGCCUCACCUUUUAGUUAUUGUUUUAGUCUACAGUGGUGUAACAGUACAGCAUUUAUUCUAAUGACUAUUGUAAACCAAGUCAAGAUCAUAAAGUAGAUUUCAUUUCAUCUAUUUGAGAAUUGUUUUAUUUUAUUGAUAUGGACGAUAAACUGCUUUAAAAUCUGAGAUAAAGGAAUUUUUGAACACAUGGUUCAUAAUGAGAUAAUUAAAAUUCAGCAAUAAAAAGAUGGUUUUUUUUGACAGCUCUAUUUUUUAUACGCCAGAUUAUAGCAGGGAAAAUAGCAAUGUCUGUUUUUAUUUUUCGAGUUUCACACAGCCCAUUAAAUUUAUCACUUCUUUACAGUGUGUGAUAAUUCCAGGUCAUGAUUUUAUACCCACUGCAGGUAUUUUGCUCUGGAUAAAUGAUACAAACCCACAACAAGUCAUCUUUAAAGAACAACGCAACUUUGCAUUUAACCAAACCUUACAAUGAGAGUUAGGAUGUAAUUGCAGCAGUGUUUUGUCUGGAUUACAGCCUGAUCUAUUAAUUAGGCCUUAACAAGGCUCAAACAUGUUUGCUGUAGACAGUCAGGGGGGAAGAUAGAGGACUUCUUGUUGCUCUUAAAUAAUUAAGAGAACAGCUGUAAUAUAACGAGAAAAUGAUGCAACGUUAUAACCUCAAGUCAUCCCUGUUGGAGGGAGGGGAAAUGAUUAGGAUUUAAUAUGAGCUGGUGUGGUGUGGGGGACGGAAAUUCAGAAUGUAAAUUUCUACAUAUCUCUAGUGUCAUUGGUGCCAUUUAUUACAAAUCAGACUAAGACAUAUCCUUUUACUGCAGCUCCCGUAACGAUCAGGGAACUGAAUAGCAAAUGAUCUGAUAUUGAUGUAGUCCAUUGUCAUGUCGGUAAUGUACAAGCCAAAUUCCUUUAGCGUUGAGACUCUGAGUUGGUAUUAACAGGAUUUUAUUUAUUUAUUUAAUUUAAUUUUGCAAAGCUAUUAUUUAGUUGAGCAUUUGAAAUGUUGAAAUAACAUAUAUCUUUUUAUUUUUUCCUGGGGCAUCUUUUAACCAUUUACAUUACUUUUUUAAAGGCUAAUUACAUGACCUAUUAUAUAUUUCUUCUUAUUAUUAUUAUCAUUAUUUUUAUUAUUAUUAUUAUUAUUAUUAUUAUUAUUAUUAUUUUAAUUUGGAAAGCUACUUUUUUUUUAGGAAAUAGUUUAGCCAUUUCGUAAUCAUUUUUUCCCCCUGUGUGAAUUUGCGGAAAUUUUUAGGAUUUUGUCAACUGCAGGUCUGGAGAAAUCUUAACAAAGCUGAUAACUGAUUGUGGGUAGCUGUGAUUUUUUUUGGCCUCAGGCAACACUGCACCAAUAAACAGCCAUGACUCUGUAGUGCAAAUCUCUGCAUGGGCUCAAUCACAUCCAUAACUGUCUGUGAACACAGUUUGUUUCUACACCCACAGAUGCAGGUUAAAACAGCCACAUACUUAGUUCUUAAGAGAUGAGAUUCUGAAACAUGUUGGUGGCAUCAAUUAGUAUUCCUAAGAUGUUCCAUGAAAUAAUCAAAUUUUUCUGUUUUUGGCACAUGGCCUUUGGACUCGAUUAGAAAUAGAGUUGGCAUAAGUUGUAAAUGAUCAAAUUCUGUUUUAUUAACAUUAUUAACAGUGUCCCGACCUUUCUGGAAUUAGGGUUAUAAACGUGUGUCACAGUCAAGCUUUUAUACCUUUUGUGUUGUUUCAUCUGAAUAUGAAUUGUCUUUUAAGCAUCUUCUCAUUGCUGCAGUUUAUUUCUUUAAUAUUUCAGCUGUAUUUGACUUUUUCAGACAUGUGAACAGGUAAAAUUGUCAGAAUAAUUUCCCUUCUAAACAGCAGCUUUGAGGUGAAUUUGAUGUCCUGUUACCUUUAUAAGUUAUAUCUUCUUUCCUCAUCCUCCAUUGUUCUUUCCGCUUGACCCAUUUUCAUGUUUCUUCUCUGAUGUUUCAUCACCCUUUACAGUCAGCUGUGGGGAGGUUUUUGUUUAUUUAUCUUCUUUAUUCUCUUUAGGCCUGCCACUGCUGGUCCAGAGAACCAUCGCCAGGACCAUCAUCCUUCAAGAGAGCAUUGGGAAGGGGCGCUUUGGGGAGGUGUGGCGAGGAAAAUGGCGUGGUGAAGAGGUAGCUGUGAAGAUCUUCUCCUCCCGUGAGGAGCGCUCCUGGUUUCGCGAGGCUGAGAUUUAUCAGACUGUGAUGCUGAGGCACGAGAACAUUCUGGGCUUCAUCGCUGCAGACAACAAAGGUGAGAAACCCUUAGAAGACCCCUGGGAGGUCUGACUGACAUGAGGCCGCGCUUUCAGCUGUGGGGAAGGGGUGUGUGUUUGUACACAGUGAGCAAGAAUGAAAUAUAAAGCAGACCAGAGCCACUUGGUAGAUGUAAGGAAAACAUAGGAAGAAACCGAUGAAAAACAUCCUCAUCAGGCUGAUCCCCCUGUCUGCAGUGCCAGUGUGGGCUUCUCUGUUUACAUUGAACCUUGAGCUGUCAGAGCAGCAAUGCAGCUCCACUGAAGUUGAAGUCUGUGCAUGCGAGUUUUCAAUGUGAAUAGACAGGCUGGUAGACAGUGUGGGGGAGUAACAGUUCACAAUGAAGGCCAAGCAUACAUUACACAGUCUAACAACUCCAACGACACUCACACACACACACACUCUCACACAUAGAAACCUGAGAGCCCUGUGCCCCUGAGCAAAUUGAUUUUUUCUGUCCACUACACUUUCACUGACUGGAGGUUUUGCAGGUCUGUCAAAAUACAGUAUGUGUUAUGUAUGACAUGGACAUUAAUGUUGAACUUGAUUUUCUCUCUUCAAAGAAAUGCACCUUAACAAAAAAUAAACUCUCACCAUGUGUACAACUUUCUGUGGCUCGGUCGAAAACCUCUGUAUUCAUCAGCUCCACCGAGUUCACUGAUGAGUGCUACUGUUAAGUGUGUUCGAUGGCCUACAUAUUUGACACCACUCACUGCUCGGACCUGGCUCAAACUUCACAAUAUCACCAAGGUUGACAGGACAGAGCUUUAAAAUGAACACUGAGAGGUAUUUUUGAAAUAGAUCAUAAACAAACAAACAAGGGCUGCAAGUUUAAAUCAAUCCAAAAAUAAAAUCUAGAUUAACUCAAUUUUAGAUUUCGAUUUCAGUUUUUUAUUCAGUGACAACUUCACCAAACUUCUCAAAACAAAACCCACUGAAAACAAUGUAGUGCAUAUGCCAAGCCAGUAAGUGGCAAUGUAACGCUGCACAGGAAAUGCACAAAAGACAAAAGAAGAGUAUGGAGAAUGUGUAUAAAGGUUGUUUUGGCCAGACACAUGCUGGGGCCAUAAAAGAGUUACGCUGUGUGUAACAAUUGUUUAUAAAGAGAUGCAGAUAUACAUCCACAUGGAGAUCAAAUGAAAGCCGUUUCCGAAUGGAUAAAACGCCAAUACGAGAAGAAACUUUUGCGUUUACUCCUGAAUUUGUUUCCGCGUGGGCAGGUUGAUACCGCCUUCAGACAGACUUUACAGCGGGGAGUGGUCUGCUCUUCAUCCAAAACUGCGAAGCCGCACCAAUUCCACACGACUGACUUGCUCUUGCCCUAUUCAGCCACAAAAUUAUCGCUGUCUUGGCAAACACCAUGUUUGUUUACAUGGUUGUGUGUGGUAACUGGAGAGCGCUCCCGCAGGAAGAGGGAGCCUAUGGAAAAUAGUUUUGAUGAUUUAAAUUCUUUUAACAUCGUCAUAAUCAAAUAAUCCCGUUUAAAAUCAAUUAAUCAUGCAGCCCUACAAACAACUGUUUCUAAACAGCUGGUCUCUGACUAUUGGGAUGAAGUGUUUGGCAUGAGAAUGAAGCACUGAGUCAUCAAAUCAACAUGGAGGAUCACCCUCAGGUUUUGUUUUUCAUCAACAGUGUAAAAGACAUAUUUUCUUGUCAUGAUAAGUAAUUUCCCUGCUAAUUUAUAUUGUGUAGAGAUAUCAAAUCCAACAGAGUCGUAGUCGGCCUAGUAGCAAAACACUUGUAACAAGCACCAUGAUGUUAAUUGGGUUUCAGUUAAAUCUGACAAUUUCUGUUCUCUCUAAUGAAAUAAUGACAAGAGUUCUUAAGACAUCAUAAAAGUAGGCUGUCAGUGUUAAUAAUAGAGAGUUCAAAAUCAGAUACCCAAGUGCAAAGAACUGAUAAAUAGUAAUGAUAACUUGUCUUAUGAUGUUUUGUAAUGAAACUAUUACAUCAAAAUGAUGACUCUCACAUGCGCAAACAGAAACAGCCUUCACACCUGAACUCUCUGAGGUCGUCUAAUGUCUCUCUGAACAACUAAUGGUGAGAGUUGGAUAUGGAUGUAAGUGAAAGACACCAGUUGGGGGGAUGUAACUUUAGACAAAUGGGUGUCAGACUGUAAAUGCGGUGGGUAACAAGUUGACCAUUCUGUCUGAGAUCAGAUGAGACAAGAUUCUCCAGAGUCAGCACCUGUGAACCUGAAACUCCCUGAAGCUUGGUUGGCGUUUGAUCACGCCAUAGCGAUUGCAAUGAGCUUGAUUAUUUUUCUUUGCAUUUCAUAUGCAAGACAUGUCUCCCCAUCUACUUUAUAUGAGACAUACUGAAGGGAAAAGUAAGUGGUGCAGAUUGAUAGGAAUGUAAGGAAAUGUUGGCAUAAUCUAUCCUCACUGUUUCCAUGGCAAAACUAUAGUUCUUAUUCACUAUCCUUAAAGCAUUAUGGGAACUCUUUGAGUGAAUCAUCUUGGAAUCAAAGGAUGUUUUGAGCAAAUCAAAUGGCAGGUGAGAGAUGUAGAAAUAAUGACCGGAACUCAAAAAUCUUACCUUUAGACCUGAAGCCUACAUAUGGUGACUGUUGUUUACGAUUAAAUCACUCAGGCGCCUGUGUUUCAUAAUAUAUUGAUCUUUUGUUUUCAAAGAGCAGAGCAAGGACAGAGCACCCUUCGUUUUUUAACGUUUUAUCUCCCUGCUCUUCUUUCCUGUGUGCAGAUAACGGGACAUGGACUCAGCUGUGGCUGGUUUCUGAUUACCAUGAACACGGCUCUCUGUUCGACUACCUGAACCGCUACACCGUCACUGUGGAGGGCAUGAUCAAGCUGUCCUUGUCCACAGCCAGCGGCCUCGCUCACCUUCACAUGGAGAUAGUGGGAACGCAAGGUAAAAAAGACACACUCAAAGAAACGUCACAUUCAAGCUAGGGGUUCUUUCUUUCUUUUUCUUCUUCUUUUCUUUUAGAUAAUCUUUUUAUUUGGAUUUCUUUCAAAUCAUGCAACCCUUUUAAAUCUAUUACUUAAAAAAUAGAAACAUGUCUGUAUAAGACAAACCAGAAAUAUAAAAUGAAGACAACAAGGAGCAGAAGGAAGUGGGCAGUCUCUAAUUAAUUAAAGUGCUCGGGAUGCAGAAAAAGGAAGAAAUUAAGUUUAAAUGGAGUCCUUAAAGUGUUGUCAUCGGUUUAAGGAGGCAUUACUUCUUGUUCUAGAUUCAUAUGAGAAAGCUUUUGCUUGAGAUUUGGUCACUUUCAGUGUUUCUAAGAACUGUAUCAAAAUGGUAGGUACAAUAUUGAUGCUGAAGAGCUAAAAGUAGAAAUGUUAGUCUCUACUCCUCCCGGGUGAAUGCACAUCUAUCAGUGACUCAUGCAGAGGGUCUCUACGAGGUCUGUCCCAUCGGGUAGUAGCAGAUUAAGUGACAUUGAAAAUACUGAAAUCGGGGUGUCCAACUGAGUGCCUCAAUAAAGCAGUAGUAAGCAGGUGGCUCCAGGGAGGCAGAGCGUGCAGCUCUAUCAUUUAUUCAAUCCCCCGGAGCAAGGAUUCAGGGUAAACUAGCCCUCUGUGAAAGUGAAUUUUUCAACCCCUGAAAGUUGUCACCGUAGGAAAUAUGUUACCCUCAUCACAGAAUAAUAGAAAUUCAGCAUCAGUGUGACAAAGCAACCCAAUACAAAUGAUCAAAUGUAUUCAUUUGAUCAUCCAACUCUGCAUGAAGCCUUUCAACAUCUUUUUAUCCAACACUGCUUCAGGACGGCCUCAUUUAAAAUGAAUCAAACCUUGCUCUACUUUCGAACGCUGCAUACAGAAUAAUCGCAGUCAACUCCGGCUGCUAUUAAACCCAACAGAAAAAAAAAAAAGAUCCAACUCUCAGUCACUAGUGAGCGGUUUGAAUGAGAUGACAUGAGGGAGCAUUUAGAGAUGUGCUCAAGGUUGGGUCGGUAAAAGGAGAAUUAGACCGAAACAAAUGUCAUCUUUGCCUUUCUGAGUUAAAUGUGAUGUUGAAAGGCUUCCUGUUUAUCAAAAGAUAGAAUUGUUCAUUCUGUUUGAAAUAGUCCCUUAUUAAACCAUAAAAUCACACUAAUUCUGUGUAAAACAUCCCCAAUUCAUCUGUGUAGCCAGCAAGGUUAGAGCGAUCCAGUUCAGUUAUUAAUUUCACUUUAUCAAAGUGUAUCUAGGCACUCUGAUCUCCUCCUAACAGCUCCCUUUUUCUAAAUGUACCCAGUUUACUACAGCUACAUUCAUGCAGCGAGUGUGAAAGAGGAUUUAAGGGUCACAUAUCUGAAGAGGUGUGCAGCAUUGACAAGAAAUGCUGUCUCAGUGUUUGGAAGGAUUUUUUAAAAACUACAAUCAAUAUUUUUUGCAUUCCUCAAAACUUUCUUAAGUUUAUAAUCCACGAGAAAAAAAAGGGGGAGGGAAAUUUUAAAAAAUUUGAUAUGAUCUGAAUGAUGAUCUGAAUGAACUAAGAUCUAUAUGUAUAUUUAUAUGUAUGCACAUAUAUAUUUACUUUUCUUUCUUAAUUUCAUUUAUUUAUUUUUCCUUUGUCCCUUUGUUCUGUAGCAUUAUUCUUUUUACUUUUAUUAGUUAGUUUUAUUAUUUCCAAAUGUUAUCACCUUCACCUUCACAAAUACAUGCACUCAUAUGUAGGCAUUCACACACAAACUCUCUGUCACACACACAAACUCUCUCUCUCACACACAAAGGGGGUGAAGUGUUAUCCUAGCCCCACAAAUAAGUAAACUACGCCUACCAGCACAUGAAAUACAACUAAUACCUGCUCGUCUCUGUCUUGUCUUGUCUCCCCCAUCUGUCUCUUAGUUUGUUGUCCCUCACCUGUCAUGUUCUGUUUUGCAUCACUUAAUUAAAAAUAAAUUUUAAAAAAGUCUAUAUUCCACAGGAACUGUGUUAAGCGGGUGUCAGAUUUUUUUAUUUUUUAUUUUUUUGCAAAAAAUAAUAAACAUACUCUCUAUUGUCAUUUUACACAUUGUUAAAAAAAAAAACAAGAUAUGGAUACGAUUUUAUCCACUUUAUUUCAUAUAAAUGUACUUUUGCCUUACGGCUUGAGAAACCUACUUGUAUAAACCUUUAAUAAGCGGACACUGUCAGGCUCGUCUUGAAAUGUUUGAUGCUUUGCCUGCAGGUAAGCCAGCCAUUGCCCACAGAGACCUCAAGUCAAAGAACAUCCUGGUGAAGAAGAACGGGACCUGCUGUAUCGCUGACCUGGGUCUAGCUGUCCGCCAUGACUCAGCCACCGACACUAUUGACAUCGCUCCAAACCACAGAGUGGGAACCAAAAGGUAAGUCCAUGCCGCACAGACUCACUUUCUUUUUUAACCAAGAAACAGAUUUUUUUAAUCUUUUCUAGAAGUUAUGAUUUAGCGUGGCAAUCCUCAACCAUCUGCAUCUGUAUGCACUGUAGUGCUGGCAGGAGGUAACUGGAACCCUCCAGCUCAAGUGUUUUGGCUGCCUUUCAUAAUGACCUGAGUGUCCUUUUGUAAUAAGCUCAACUCACUGGCGUUGUCACUGUGAAGGAGCAUCGUGGGUAUUUUUUGUAGCACAAGACUGAGUUUGAUAGAGUCAUCACAGAGGAUUGGGUUGUAAACAAAGAAGUCAGGUCUUUAAAAUUUCAGGCUGUCUGCCCUGGCAGUACAGACUCAAAGAGGACACUCAGGAUUGAUCAGGACUUCAUCUCUGAUCACAUCAGGCUUGUCUUUUUUGUCUACCCUGGUUGUGUCAUUGUUGCUCGAACAAACAUUGUUUUCAGGGACAGAUUGAGUAACUCAGGACCUGAGGACUUGAUAGACUUUGAAAUGAACUGUGUCCUGACUGUCCAAACUCUGUUUUCAAGAAACCAAGAAGUGUUCUUUACUUUUUUCUUUUUCUCUUUUCUCCUUUCACCAGCUGAACAAAAGAAAUCAAAACUAAUACUAAAGGAUCAUCCUAAUAUGUCGUGGGUAGUUCCAGUUAUAUCAACACUGUGAUAAAAAGAUGAAGGAUGAGUCAGCAAUAAAUUAAUUUUAUAAACUUAAAAAACAUUACAAGCUCCACUUAUGUUGAUUUGUUCUGUAGCUUUGGCUAAGUUUCCCUCUAUUAACAGAAAUUAAGUCAGCAACAGCUUAAAGAGAUUUUUAAACAGCUUCAAAUUGAUUAAGAAAAUUAAGAAAAUUAGUGCAAACUGUAUUAAAAAACAAUUCUUGCAAUUUACAUAACAUCUUCAGAGAGAUGACAGCAGAAUCAGCAAAGCCCCUUGUUAGCUCACCUCAAGCUACACUGGCAGCUGCUUGUCGUGUUCAAAUUAAUGAGUAAAGCUGCUGAAAUAAAUCUGAAGGUAGUUUUAAUAAAAGCAGAGAGAGUAUUUGUGUUUUAACACAUACAAUCAUGUGUAAGAUUAAAGAGUACCACCGUUAACAUAGGUCCAAAGUAACUCCAUGUCAUGUUUUCAUGAUAUAUCGGUGUGUAGUAAGUGCAAAGUCUUAUUAUUACUGGUUUUCUUUUAAACCACCCAGCUGUGUCUAACUUUAUUCUGAUUUGUCAGAUUGCCUUCAUAACGGAUAUUAAUUUUGAGUAGCAAAAAGAACACCAGGUACAGUCUGAGCACUCAUGUCACUCACCAAAUGCUAAGUAGCCCUGGCCCUGGCUUGACGUUUAAUGGUCAGAAUUUAUCUUGUUACUUUAAUUGUUUCAAAAUUACCAGUUGGAUAGACAACUUAAUGAUAUUUCAGAUAGCUUAGAAAACUGACAAAGACACCAAAAAUUAAAGGAGGGCAUGGACUGGCAGGGUUAUGAGGUUGGUUGAGUGAGAAGUCCAACAGAAAAGUCACAAGGACCUUAUACAGGUGCUGCUAAAACUUCUAAUAGAGGGGGGGAAAAAAAACAAUCUUUACAGUUGACUGUGAAUGAAAAUGUAAGGUUAAAAGGAUUUGUAUCAGUAGAGCAGGAUAAUCUGGAGACUUAAGUGUGAAUGAAAAUGUUGAGCUCAACAUUUAUAUGACCUGUAAGUAUUGUUGCCAUGGGAGUGCUGCCAACUGUCAAGACUGGAAGACUACAUUUAUAGAUGUGCAAAUAUAUCUGUUUUAAACAAGUUGUGAUUUAUUUAUUAACCUAUUUUACAUUUAUAUUUACAGCUUACACUUUUAGAUGUGCUUUAACAUAAGCAAAACACAAACAGUGAAAACAAAUCAAAUAUAGUAAGAACCCAACAGCAGAAGGAUCUCAACAACAAGAAAAUCUAACCAACAUGAUUACGCUGUGAAGCAUCAAAACCCAACAAUAGAACCACAGCAAUACAACAACAGAGCAACAAAAAGUGAGGCAAAGAGGAGCAAGGAUGUAAAACUAUGUAGGCAAUUAAAAGGGAGAGAAACAAUUUAAGAAAAGGACAUUUGAGAGGAACCAGUAACAAGAACAACAGAACAAAAACAAUAGAAGAAGUAAAAACCACAAGUAUGUGAAAGAAAUCAGGGACCAAUUAAGCAGAUAAGACGCUUUAACAUUUAAAAAUCAAAUAUCUACGACAAAUUGAGUUAAGUACAGAAAUAAAUAAUGUAGAACAAAUACAACUAAAAGUAACAAUAUUCAUUAUAAAGCAAUUAGGCUAACAAUUGAAGCAAUGAAUGAAGAGCUGUAAGGGCGGUUAAAUGAAUCGAUCACAAUAAAAGUUCAGGGUAUUAGAGGAAAGCUACUUGAGGAAUAAUAAGAUAUCAGGCUAUAGAGAAAAGCCAAAAAGACAAUAAAAGGCAGAAAAAAAAAUCUUAUCACAAAAAAUCAAGUCUAUAUAAAUGAGUUUACCAGAAAGUAAAAAUGAUUUUGUGACAUAAACAAACAUGUUAGCAUGUGAGACACUACCAAUGCCCCCCUUCAGUAUUUUUCGCAUGAAUAAUAAAACAGCUUUGUCUUAUUUUACGUCCUUUCUUCAGUUUCUCAGUGUCAGCUAGUUCCUCCAUGUUGCUGGUCAUGUGGUAACAAGCAGGAUAAUGAAUAUUUAUCUGGUCGUUCUAGGGUUCUGGGGUUAACGUUGCAACAACACGCAAUCCAAAAUGCUCCUGGUGUGAAAGGACCUCAAGUUGAAAAAAGUUUGCUCAAAGUUACAUUUAAAUGUUUUGAAGUCACCAACUUUUCUUUGGUGCUGCAGUCACAUCUCAAAAACUGAUUCAUCGCUCAUUCCUAUUUUACCUGGCUCAUGAAUGUCCCGACUGCAGGUUGUUUUCAUUGUCACUUUCCUUUGUCUGUGCCUUCUUCCAUUAUGCAGACUUGUCUAGCCGCAGGGCUCGGAGUUUUUCUUUUUCACAUUCAGCCAGGCGCUUCCUCUCUUUUAACACUCUUCCCUAUUUACCUCUACCAACACGGGGACAGAGUUCAUGUGCUCUUGUUUUCUCCCUCUCUUCUUUCUGAUUUCUUUGUGUAAGACUCCUCCGUCCCUUUUCUGUGUGGUGGUUCAAUGCUGCCGGCAUAUCACAGGGCCACUAAAUGAUUCAGUAAGCCCUGGGGUCAGUGCGCACAGACGUUCUGGCCUUGGCUGAAAUUCAUGCUACAUAUUGAUGAUCUGAUCCGAGCACUGUGUGUGUUUUUUGAUGCCAAAACUAACUGCAAAGAAGCAGCCUAACUUCUAUGAACAACUUGUUGUUUGAUGUUAAAUGUGGAAGCUCUGUAACCUUUAGUAUUUGAAGUUGGCUGUUAAUGAACUUUUAAUUAGUGUUCCAAGAAUAGUCCAAUGGGUUCGGUGUUUCUGGACAAAGGCCUUUCUGUAGAUUCCCAGAAUCAAAGUAACCAGACAGAUUGGCUUUUCAAAGUGCUGUCUACUCAUCCAAAGCACAUCGAAAGCUCAGGCAAAUCAAAGUUGUUCACUGUGCCUCUAAAUGGACUGCAUUUGAAUGGACUUGUUUUGUUUUCCAACCACUAAAAGUACUUUUAAGUUCCUUGUCACUCUCAACUUGUCACUCGUACAUCCAAGCUGACAGGACUGCAAUUCAAACUUCCUGUGAACAAACACAAACACAGUCACAUUCAGCUUCGCCUACAGGAGCAAUUUGGGGUUUAGUAUCUUACUCAAAGUGCUCAAGGCCACAGAAACCACAGAUGAAAUCAUUUUUCCUAGAUAAGAAAAACAUCAGCCCUACCACAGAGUCCACAGCUCUCGGUGUUUAAAGCCUCCAAUUCAAAAACAGUCUUUUUGUGAGUGUUUCCUUACUAUUAAUUAGAGAAAAACAUCAAGACUGCACGCUUAUUAAAUCUGCCCAACCUCUUACUCUGUCAGUGGUCCCUCGGGAUUCACCAAGAGUUUCUUUUUUCCCUUUUUUGUUCUUGUAGUGUAAUGGUUUUGCUUCUGAAAACAGAGGGCUUCUAAUCACUAUUUGUACUCAUCUCAUCUCAGCACUCUCUUAAGCCUUGAGUAGGACUUCUUUCAAUUCACUCUUGUAGUCAUCUUAUAAACACGUGCAAACAAAAAAUGUGCUCAUAAGCAAAUUGGAGGUCAGAUCGUUUCUUCUUUUUUUAAAGUGACCUGGUGUUUUAUUCCUGAUCGAAUCAAGAAAGUCUAGGAUGACAGUAUUUUGCAGUUCUAAACCUGACUGUGGACCUUUUUCAUUUGGAGGCUAAAUGAUCACAUUACAAGUCUUUUCUCCCUUGGUUUUAAUUUAAGCUCACUGAGAAGUAAAAUCACAUUUUCAGGAGAGUUCGGAAAAACUAAUUAUGAUUGUUUGCGAACAAAUCUGGAAAAAAUAAAUCAAUAAAAAUUGGUUAUUUCCCCUUGUGGGUCUAAUAUAGGAGUAUCUUCUCUUAUCUUGUAAAUUAUUCAGAUCUGUAUUUAUUUGGAAACUAAUGCAAAUACAACAUACAGUAUAUAGUGUUAAAACUGAAAAUCUUUAUUGCUUUAUGAAAUUAUUUUAAAUUUGAUGCCAGCAACAUUUUUAAAAGUUAGGAUGAUGACACAAAAAAAAUGGAAAAAGUUGUUUAUAAAAGAGAAUAUUAGAAGGGGAGAAUAUCAAGGGAAGUUAUGAUUGGAAGUGGUUCAGCUCUCUGUGAGAGACUGUGAAGGCAAUAACAUUCCUAUCAUCAUCUUCAGCACUGAUUAUGAUUAAAAGAUCUGAAGAAGUCACUGUACAAAAGAGACAAGGACAAGGGAUUUUUUUUUUUUUUUUAAAUCAUGGAUGCCAGAUCUUUGUUUUUCUAAGAGUAGAGGGAUGUUUACAGCGCUUGUUAUUAGUGUUUUUACAAACCCUCUGCUGGCAUUGAUUUGAAAAUUUGUCUUCAUUUUUCACAAAAGUGUAAUUUUUUUGGAUUGGGUUGAAACGAUUUUCAAACCAUCAAAUUCUGUUUUUUUUUUUUUUAAAUCACAUUCUCUCCUAACUUGAACUGUGGUUGUAAUAAAGUGGGCAGAUAAGUAGGCUGGCAAAGCAAGGAGGGAUUUCACCACCCUUGUACUCUCUGGGUUUACUUUUAAAGUGAUGAAAGUACAAUCCAAAGCCACAGGUAUUUGCACUGCUUCUUCAAAUUUGCUCUGGGUGAUGCUGAGGGUAAUGCUGAAGUUGUUCACCUUCUUACUCUUGGCCUUAUUUUCAAUCUUGUAUGAGCGAGAAUUUCUUUUCUCCAACAAAUUCUUGGACCACUGAAUGUCCCCCCCAAGGAUAAACAAAGUAGUCUGAGUCCAAUUCUGAUCAACUUCGGUACAAAAUCAGCAAGACUUCAUUCAUAAAAUGAAAAUUAUUAAACAAGUAAAAGUUUUGUAGUGUUGUGUAGCGGCAAUAAGGCUGCAGACCUUCUGAUCACACAGUAGAGUGUUUAAAGACUAUAGGACACAGUGUGAUCAGGAACAUAUCUUGUUUAUCUAGCUCUAUAAUGGGGCUGUAAAGCAAACUUGAAUGCUUAACCAAAGAUGUUACCUACAAUAGGAGGUAUUUUAGGCAGUGCUUCUGUCCAUUAUCAGCUUCACUUCCAGCUGGGAUCCUCAUCUCCUGUAGUCCACAAAAAUGAAAAACAUAGAAAUUCAAAAUGCAACACAGAAAGGAUUUCAGAUAAAGAAUGAUUAUUUUUCUUUCAGAAAGUCCCACGCUUAAAAAGGAAGGACAUCUGAUCGACUCCCAUCAUACCUUUCUUUGUCAUUACUGCAGUUGAUUCUGUCCAAAUGAUGGAAAUAUUAAUCACAAUCAGUUCAGUAGGAGGAUGACGUGGAUAGUAAUGGGCACACAGUGUAUUGGGAAGUUACUGAAUGAAUAUUCGGUCUGUGUUCAGCUUGGCUUAUCUACAAAUUAAGUACCAUCUCUUACUUUUAGUUAUUGUUGAGUUGUCUUCACAUAAACUAGGAAAACUAAACAAAAGUUAUAAAAGCUCGAUCGCAAAACUUGUGCAGGUUUAGAGACCUUAUGUGAUAGCCUCGACAGACUGAGAAGGAGGGUCUCUUGUACUCUAACUUAAUCAAAGGCUUGAACUGGUUUGUAAAGUGGAUUUUAUGAUCACUUAAGACUUGAGAAGCUUUUAGGAAAAUGCAGUAGUGCCCUGGCUGCUCGUCAAGCCUGACAUCCAAUUCAUUUUCAUCCACCAACGUUUUACUCUCAGCUGAUUGCAGCUGCUUACACACUCAGACUCAUGUUUGUGUUGCUUCUGGUUCAUUUUCAAAAAUCAGCGCGCCCACAUGUCUACUUAAUCUGUGAUGUUACCAUUUAUCUUAGACUAACAUUAUAAUCUCAGUGCUAAAGAGACAAACUGUGCCAUGGUACAAAUACGACCAUAUGCCACAGCAAAUAGUUCUAACAGCUCAUCAUCUUUCCACUCAGGUAUAUGGCGCCAGAGGUCCUGGAUGACUCCAUAAACAUGAAACACUUUGAGUCUUUCAAGCGGGCAGACAUCUACGCCAUGGGCCUGGUCUUCUGGGAGAUAGCCAGCCGCUGCUCCAUGGGAGGUAAGGAUCAAAUGAAGUGCUGUGUGGAGGGAGGCGAAUAAUUAGAUGUAUGGAGAGGAGGUAGACAGAUUAAGAAUGAUGAAGAUAUCUACUCACCAGUCUGUGCAUGGAUGAAGGGACGUAUGAUCAGACGUGCUGAUGCAUAUAUUCUGCCUGUGAGCAUCAGUCCUUCUGAUCAUGAAUCAGACUCGAUUCAAAGCAUUAAACAGCAUUAAUUAAAAACCCAGAGAAUUUUUAACAUAUUUCUUUGGCAGGCAUCCAUGAGGACUACCAGCUGCCCUACUACGACCUGGUUCAGUCGGAUCCAUCAGUGGAAGAGAUGAGGAAGGUGGUUUGUGAGCAGAAGCUUCGGCCCAACAUUCCUAACCGCUGGCAGAGCUGUGAGGUAGGUCAUGUGUCGGUGAUGUAUGGUGUAGUGAUAGGGCCAAUCCAAUUCUGUAUUGGUAUCGGAUUCCAAUCCCAACAUUAUUCAUGGAUCAGAAAUUUCCAAUCCAACCUGCAAGAAUUUCCGAUCCAUAAGUCAUUUCUUUGCUUCAACUUGUCUGCUAAAACGACUGUACAAGUGUUAAUAGACGGUCAGUCUGCUAGCUGGCGGCAAACUGCGCGAUGGAUUUCCUGAACAGAGGCGUCGCAAUAAGAUCUAGGGAUGAGACAUGCCUCAGAUCAGGAAAUCAUACGUACUUAUACUUGCCUGUAAAGUGGAGUUUAUUACAGCCUCACAUGAAAUAAACAAUGAGGAUAAUAAUGCUGGUAAAGCUAACAGAGCUCUGGUAUCGGAAUAGUGUCGGUAUUGGCAGAUAUCCAAAUUCAGUAAUCAAGAUCGAUGUAGAAAAAUGUAGAUCGGUGCGUCCCUAGUUUGGUGUUUACAAGUCUCCCAUUCUUUCUUGCACAAACUCAAGACCAAGCAAGUGUGUUUGUCUUAUUACAGAUACCAUAUUCAGCUGAAAAGUCCAGUCAUUCAUGAUUAUAACAAGCCAGAAAUAAGACGUAAUUGCUUGUAACGAGCUAAGAAAAAAUCAGCCGAUGGGGCAAUCAAGAUCAACUUGUGAGGUGUCUUGAAUAGGUAUCAAUCUCAGAAGAAACACCUUAAAGUUGGUGUAUACGACGCACUUUUCAAACCCUCUUUGUCAUCUUAGAAGUUAGCUGUGGCCCAUACACUGGUUUGACCCGGAUGAACUCAUACAAAAUGCAGAGAGAAGCAUUCCAGUGUGUUACCACAGUUUACCCUGAGGAUUGUGCUCGAAAAGGCAAGCAGCUGCUUCAAUGAGCAAAGCAUGCUGAAUUCACAGCAAGGCAAAUUUGUUUAGCAGCUUCACUUCCUAACACUUAACUCCCUCACUGGGUCAUGCACAUGCUCCAGACACCAGUGCUGCACUGAUAAGCAAAUAAACCUUUUGGAAGCAUUGAAUAACAACCCCAAAGGGUGAAACGAGAAAUUACGUUUUGACGAUAUCAGACUUUUCUAACUUUGUCACCCAGAAUAAUACAAAUGAACUUAUUGUGAUUGACUGUGUCAUUGUUAUUGAUUACACAAUCAUUUCAGUCAUUACCAUUUUCUGUUCUUAAACUAAUCCAAUCAAUCAAUCAGAAAUUGAUAUUGGUGUUUAAAUCUAAGGUGUUUCUCUCUUUUAACACUUUGAACUCCUUACUUUAGUUUGAUUAUCAAGUUUAGACUCGCUGCACUGUUCCUGCUGAUCUCACAUAUUUUGUGUGGCCACUAUAGUAGUGAUUAUUUUCUUAUUUCUUAUUUUAUGGCGUAGGGUGGGAGUGAGGGAGUGGGUCCUGCCCCUGGUGUCCUUAUACCUAAGAAACGCUCCUGGACAGGCACCAAACAGUUCACUGCUUUUUCAGCCCCAUCUCCAAGGUUUAUAGAUAAUCAUUGCUAGAAACGUCUUGCAAAAUUCGCCUUGUCAGGUACAAGAAAAAAACAAGGAGCUGUAAAUGGUUGCCUUGUUAUUGGUGAAUUACGUCUCAAAUAGCUCUCUCCAAACAGCCAAGCCUCUUUGGCUAGCUCCCUUGAUAAUACAUUUGAGUCUUCCGAUGGCAAAAUGCACAGACCUGCUGGUGCUGGUGAUGUAGUAUGCACACAUGGCUGUUGUAGACCAGAAUCAGGAUCAGCGCAUCCUUAGAAGAGGGUAGCCCUAGUUUAGGCAAAUUUUGGAGCAGAGGAUCAUUCAAAUCUCACACCUGUCAAUGCUGCUAUAAGCUUAGCUUAAAUUCUGUUUGCCAGCAGGAUCAGUUCUGACAGGUGCUGCAAAAAAGAGCUGCACAGCUCCCGAGUAACAGCACCUUGCUGAACACAAUGGAAAUAUUCAGGCAGGAACACAGUUGAAUUUUCCUCUCAGCGCCCCCCAAAAUAGACUGCAAUAUACAUACUGCUGUUACUUUAUGCCAGAUUCAUGUUGGAUUUUUCUUACCCCACCAACAGAUAUUUUUUUGCCUCAUUAAACGCAGUUGAAGUUCAAUCUUACUUUUCAUGUCUUGAGAUUAGGAUGUUUAUCCAAACUUGUCAGGUGAAUGUAGCUCAUACUAAGUCUAAUAAGAUUUGUGUCUUCCAGAAAUACAUCAAAAAUUUGAAUUUUUAAAGAUAAAAUGAAACCAUGUGACAUUAUCAAAACAGCACUCUUUCAACAACAAAGAUUAAGGGCAUCUGUAAAGAGAAACAAGAACUUUUUGAUGCAGGAAUGCUGUGUAAGGUUUCGUGGGUAAAUCGCUAAAAUGCACAAUGUAACAGAUCGGACAAAAUUCAUAGAAAUAUGUGAAAAAAAGAUUUGAGUGGUGAUCCUCGAAGUUGACUCCAGUGAUGUCUUGUGCUGAUGAGGUUUGUCCGGUCUUUCUCCAACUCAAGGAGUCCUUGUCAGUAAUACUGCUUAAUUAUUUGGUACUCACUCACACACACAUGCACACACAAAUGGAGGCCGACUUCUUUUCCCACAGUCCCCAGAGAGGAAAUAUCCACUCAGCUGGUGAGAGGAGAGAGUGUGUGUAUGCGUGUGCGAGUUGUUUCCAUGCAGUCUCUGGUUUCAGUGUGAACAGUGUUGUACACACAGACUCUGGCACACACUCACUCACUUGUGGUAUCGGUUUGUUUACCGCAUUGGGAGUCAUUACAGUUUAAUUUGAGCUGAUUCAGUUAAAUUUAAGCCACUGCACUGUGUGAAGACACAGAGGAGUCCAUCAGAUGGAAAGUAACUGCCGAUUCGUUGAAUUUACCAUCCCGCCAAACCUUAUUGUUCUAAGUGAAGUUGCUUAAUUAUAGAUCUAACUCCAUUCCUUCACUUUGUGAGGGUCACAAUAGACUGCAAAGUCUCUACCUCUCAGUUGCUCAAAACAGGUUUUUUUAUUCAACACAGCCUUGUCAUAAGGAGCCAACUUUGCCACCCACACACACUGUGUAAAGCUGGAUUUGAAUUCACAUCACAUAAUAUCAGAACUCGUACACCGUUGCAUAUUUUGACCUCUACCACCCUUUUGUCUGGCAGCCUACAGAGAACUGUGAUGUUUGUGAUUUGGACUGAAUCUGGCUUUUCUUUGAACAGUAAAAAUUCUUGAUUGUUUUUUUAUAUCUUUUAUACACAAGUGUAUACUGGUGUGUGUCAACAUAUUCAAGUGUCCACUCUCCAGUCUGAAGGAGAUCUUGCCCACCAACAUGGACAAACAUAGCCUUUCAAAAAACCAUAGGCAUUGAUUGAUUUAGUUUCUCUCUGCUCAGUGAGUGAAGAAUCAUCCUCACCUUGUGUUUUAAUCAAACACAGAAGACUUUUCUUCCUCUGAAACUUUGAUCAGGCCAGUCUCUGAGAAAUGCUGGAACAUCCUUUCUCCUCUCUCAAUAGAGGGCUGCUGUUCAGGGUUCACUUUCCUUUUACUAGCUUUUCAGUUUUGUGGCUCUUUAAAGUUUAAUGCUGUAGUUUGAAAGUUAUUGAUCGGGGAUGCAGCAGAAUAUGAAAACGUCAUUGAUGUGUUUUUUCCUGCUCAAUCUUUUUUUUUUUUUUUCCAGAACCAUUAUUAUAAUCAAUAUUUCAAUUCGAUGUUUAUGUGAAAAGCUGAUUAAUUAGGUAUCAUAAGUUUCCCUCGCUGAUCAAAAAUAAUAGAAACAGCAGAAGUCUAUUUUAAAGGCACUUUACUGAUAUGUAUACAAGUACUAGCAAACUCGAGUUUUCUGAACACAGAGAUGAAGAUACUGUUGUGGCGCGCAGAUGGCCUAGCGGGUUAGAGCGCCCCACUAAUGGGGACCACGAUCCCCGCAGCGGUCACAGGUUUGAGUCCGGCCCCUGACCAUGUGCUGCAUGUCCUCCCCUUCUCCUCAACCUCCAACCUGUCCUAUCAAUAAAGGCAAAACCAGCCAAAAUAAUACUUGAAAAAAAAAGUUUGAUAAUCUCAUUCGAAAAAAAAAAGAAGACACUGUUUCCAGGUCAUCAUUAAACUCCAGCCAAUUGUUGCUCAUGGUGAUCCACUUUGAAAAACUUGCACAACUUGAUGUUAAACUAUGAAACAAAAAUUGAAAAGUAAAAUUGAAGUCAGGGAAUCAGGUCUUGCAUUUCAGUGAUAAUAACACUUUUUUGUUGUUUUUUUAUUCCCUCUGCUUUGAGCUAGGGUUGUCAGGAUUUUUAUUUUAACAUGAGAACAGCAAAAAUAUUUAACUUUAGCGAAACAAGCUCCUGGUCUUUUGUUACCCUUGAUUUGUUGUCUUCACACAGAGCCGAUACAAAAAGACCAACAGCUGAUGAACUGAUAACGGUCAUAAAAGGCAGAAUACAUAAACAAAAAAAGUCAUUCCUCUGAAUUAGACAGCAUACUGUUUGUUUAUACUCUCAGCUUUACUUGCUAAUAUUUUUUAGGUUUCCGUUAACAAGCCAAGACUAAUAGAAAAACUCAAGGACCAGUUGACACCACAUCACAUUAUCUCUGCCUUCAACAGGAAGGUCACACGUCUGUUUUCUGUGGUAAAUGCCAUCAGUUUAUACCAACCUAUGAAAAGGAAGAAUAAAGAGGGAGCAGUGUAGAUGCUGCAGUGGAGGGGGAGCAUUGAGACACAGAGGACAAGCAGAAGGAGCUACAUCUUCAUCUGCAGAAAGGCAAAACCCAGCGUCUUUCUAAGCAAAAGGAUGAGUGACUGCCUUUGAUAAUUGUACAGAGGGAUGGCGAAAUUAUUUUCUAUUUUUGCACUUAAAGCAGAAUCCAAAUCUUAAUUUUAUUGCAAUUCUUUUCCAGAUUAUUUCCGAGACUGUUUUGCAACUUACUGGCCAGCACACCAAACAAAUUUCACUGUUUUUAAAAAAAGUAAGAAUAUGUGCUUUUUAGGUAAGAGUACCUUUUUCAGAUUCAAUCCCAGUGAGCACUCAAGUCAACUUCUGCCAAGCAUAAUGGACAUGAAACAAGAAUGCUGACAUGGAUGAGACAUCUAAUGCACUCAGUUUUGGACUUAUUUGCUUAAUUCAAAAGUUAAUGUUGGCUUCAAAAGGAUAAACACAGCAACUCUCUGGAUAAGUGCACUAUAGCUGCAUAACAGCAAAGCGAUCAUAUCAGUCCAUUCACUUUGUUUCUGAGGAACCACUCAAUGUGUAAGUGUCUAUCUUGGUAAUAGAUGUCUGGUGCUUCCUGCAUGAAUUUCCCUCUAUAGUAAGUUUUAAAGUGAUACUAUUCAUGCAGUGAUGUAAAGAUACUUUUAGAAACAGAAAGAGGUUGUCUAAAUCUAACUCAAGGGGGGGAAGGAAAUCAUCGAAUUAUGGAGCAAAGUCAAGCCCCUUCAUAACCAUACCGCACAGUACCCAUGCAGGCUAAACCUGCUUCGUGGUGGAUUCACUUCUCUCUAAGCAAAAAAACAAGAAUUCAAAUAUAAUCUGAAUAAAAAGUAAAAUUAUUGAAAUUUGAAUUAGUUUAAAAUGAUGUUUAAGAGAGAGCAUUUUAAACUUUGGGUUUACAAUCUUUGCUGAUCACUACAUGUGCGUAACCUAAUAUCCAUAAGCACAGGAUGUGCCUCUUCGCUGCUAUGAGAGGAUACACAAUGCACACAGCUUAUCACAACACACUGGGGACUCACUUACUUCAUAUUCUCAUACUCAGCCUUAUAAUGCUAUGUAUUCACUCAGUGUGGUGGACAUUAGCCCGUGGCCUGCAUCGUAACACUGUCUCUGUGCAUUAAAAAGCAAUGUUGAAGUUCAAGGGGGCUCAAGGUGGCUGCUUGGGAAACAGUUGCACAGAAUCUGUAUAUGCUGACGAUGUAUUGAUAUUCAUGUCUAACCCCUCUGUCUCAGUUAACCAUCUAAUGAGAAAAAUCACAGAUUUCAGUGCUUUUUCUGGAUAUCAAAUAAAUCUUUCAAAAUAUAUAGCUAUGCGUUCAGGUGGUUAACCUCAGGUUGCCCUUGCCAUUUUACUUUCAAAUUGUCCUAAACAAGAUUUGUGUAUUAAGGAAUAUUUAUAGCUAUUUACCCAUAAAAGUGAUCUGGGAGUUCUGGAUUUCCUAGACCUUGAAAAAUAUUGGCCAAAUGCACUUAAACAAUAUGUGACAGAAGGGGUUCAUGAUCCUCACUGCCUAAGUCUCCUCUUUCAAAUUUGCUUUUUCUGGCAAACUCAAAGUCAAAAAAGGAUCAUUAUGGAAAUUUAGAAACAACUAAUACAGCUGUGAGGGCAGUGCAACAUAUAGAAGAAGAAGAAAAAGGAGAACUUUGUUGAUCCCCAAAGGGAAAUUCAAAGAAGGACAGGGUUGACAUCCACUCAUACUCCAACUGUUAAUAAUCCUGACUUUCAACCAAGUAUCUUGGACUUCCUUCCUUCGGGGAUCUCUUUGAAGGUGGGGUCAUGAUAACCUUUAACCAAAUUUUGAAAAAAUAGGAUACACAAAGAAAUGAUCUUUUCCACUACUUUUAAAAAAAGAGGCUAUAAAGUAGACUUAAUCAUUAAAUAGUGAAGUAUUUUAUGGAACUAUUCCCCUGCCAGCUUCCAGAAAAUCAUGCUGACCUGGGAGAGGGGAAAACAUAUCAAUCUGCAACCGAACUAGAGCAAUGCAACUUAGAUCAGCUCGUUAUCAAGCUCUGUAAUGGCUUAAUAACAAGCUGAUCAUUUGAAUCAGGUGUGUUGGAGCAGGGAAACAUCCAAAACAUGCAGGACAGUGGGCCUCGAGGACUGGACUUGAGAACCACUGACUUCGAUGACUCUACAGAGUACACUUCUCAUCUAAGCACCUCUCAAAGCUUAACCCUACAAUCUCCUCUCUGUUUCCUUAAUGCAAAAUACAUACUGGCAGUAUAGCCCUACAGAGGGAAAUAGAAAGUAUAGGUUUGUAAUUUUUGUAAUAUUUAAUGUUCAAUGUUUGUACAAAGAGGGGAAAGUUUAGUGGAGUCAAAUUUCUUGUAUGUGCACACAUACUUAGCCAAUAAAGUUGAUUCUGAUUUGAAUAAGUUUGUUCAAAACAGCAAAAGGUCUCCACUGAUACUCCUGAUGAACUGUAGACUGUUUUGGGCCUCUUCAGUCCCGUUGAGGAAGCAGCAACAUCUUGACAGACAGACACUGAGACUGAACACUCACUCACAGACGUGUUGACUCAUACACACCAGAUGCUGUUCAGUGCCGCGCAAAGGGAGACAUGAAGAAAUUAAUGUAAACUCAGGAGGCUGUAUCUGGUACUCAAAGUGUUUUCAGUUAGACAAGAGGAAAGACUGUCCGGGUAAAAUGUGUGAUUCGACCGAAUUUCUCGGAAGAGAUCAAAUCCACGGGGGCAACGUUUCCCUGGAUAUCUGACAGAGAGAAAAUUCAUCCGUCUUCUCGUAAGGGUUAUAAACUGUUAGAAAGCAAUAGUGUCGGGAAGUGGCUGACAGCAGAAAAACACUUUUACAAGUUCCAGUACUAAGAGAAGUGAAGUCUGUUAGAUCGGAGUUUUGUAGGAGUUGGAGUGUGGAAUAGAUUUUUAAAAAUUAGACAAUGAAAAAUGAUAAAGAGAUUCAGAGUUGAUAAAAAGAAGCAUGUUCAAAGAGACUUUUUCAUACAAGUAGUUUUUAUUUUAAUUACUUCAAACACGGAUUUACAAAACUACUUUAAUAACCAAGCAAAGUAAAUAUUGUAUGAGGCACUUAGUGCAGCCCAGCGUAUUUGACAAAGAUAAUCUUCUUACAUGAGUCUUGCAAUUUCAGGAUCAUUUUCACACGGUUGGGUGCGAGUCAUUUUGUGUAAGUGUCAGCUGAAUAAAGUUGUAUUGCAAUAUUUUGUGUUGAUACCCCAUGUAUUAAAGAUCACUUUCCAGUCAGUACAAGGCAACACUCUUUCAGCAGCGGUCCAAGAAUGAGAGGUUGUUGAAAUGACUUUGUAAAAUUAAACAUUAAUGCAGACUGGCACUGUUUCCAAACAGUUCAGUUCUGGGACAUUGCUUGGCCUGUUGUGCAGCCAAGCUAAAACAGCUGCUAUUUCACAACCAUUGUUUCCGGUCUCACAGCACUCAUUAUGGGAACUGCUGAGAUUCCUUUGAAAAAUGACUCACUGAUCUCAAACGGUAGGCAGGAUUUGCUGACCAGACACACAUUAUGAGACUGUAUAAUCUAGGUUCCAGGAAAGAUGAAAACAUCAGGCACUGUAAGGCUUUUAGAGUACAGCAGAACAGCUGAGAGACUGUGCUUAUCAUGCCGAAGGAGGCUACUUGACUUCUGCAGAAUCACAAAUUCCCAGAUGGAGGAUAACGCCAAGUUAGUAAUGAGACAAAUUUGUUCUGUGGACAUUGAAAAAGCAGCUGCUGUCCCAUUACAAGCUUAUCAGCAUCAAGAUUAUGUGUGAAUUCAGUUCAGUGAAACCUGGGCAACAGUUUGAUAUCGGAAAGACAAAUGAGAUUAAAGGGAUUCAAACAACGACAAAUGCAAGAAGUUGGACUCCUGUGAAACAUUACAAAAACAGGAUUUGAUGGUGUAUGGAUCAUAACCACUACAUUUAGUUUAAAAUUCUACAAAACAUCAGAAAUUAGGGAUAGACUGGUUAAUCUGUUGGCAGACUAAUUAGAGUGAUUAUUGGCGUUAUCUGCAUCAUCAUAUUGGUAUCAGCCCCCCAAAGCAUCUUCUCUAAAUUAUAAUCCAUUUUUCUUAUCCUCCUUUAACAGCAUUUCACAUCUAAAACGGUAAUUGACUGCUGUUUUAAUAUUGUGCUGUACUGUAAGAAUAAGUAUUGACAAUAUCAACCAUAUUUAACAAUUUACAUAGUAGCAUAACUCAAUAUCUGCGUCUUUUCAUCGAUUUAUUAAGAAUCCCCUCAAAACAUGUUACAGGCUAACGCUGCGUUUCAGCUACAUCAGAAGUCACAUGUCGGAGCUGGGUAUGACGUUACACCCGAAUUGACGGCGUUCCAGUAAACAAGUCGGAAAACUAAGAUGGACGCCUACUGUUAGCUGUUAUUAGCAAUUGUCAUCUGUCGUUAGCGUUGUCAGUUGUUGUUAGCGGUUGUUAGUUGUUGUUAGCUAUACCAGUUGUAAACAACGUAUAAUACAGUAUUUUACUCAAACACAAUAGCAGCACGUUCACAGUAAAACGCUGCGCAGUACUACAUAUAUCACUUAUUUUAUUUCACAAAAAUAAAACAGAAGUGCUCAUAAAUAAUGCUUUACAAGAGCUUUCAAGAGCAAUACAAGGACUUUCCACGUCGGAAAUCCGGCUUCAGGGGGGUGUUCCAGAUGAAUUUCCUACUCCGAACUUGGAAAUCCCGACUUCCGAGUACAACUGGAACGCAGCGUAAGACUGCAUUAUAAUAUUAUAUAUUGUCAAUAGGUGUUAGUAUGAAUGGAAUAUGAAUACAUGGCUUCCUCUUUACAUUUCACGUUACAAGAAUAAACAUUUUAAGUUGAAUGAGAAGACAAGACAAGGAAAGUUGAUUCAGAAAGCAACAUUGAUACACAGAGCAAUUCGAAAUGCUGUGAAAACCACACAUAUGACACAACCUCCAGAUUUGUUCCAGCGGUUCUGGUUAGUUCUGUUAUUUGAAAACAGGAAUUGAAAGUGCCUGACUACACAGAAAAUCAUUUCCCACACAUCCACAUCUGUUUUUUUAUUAUGUAGAGCAUCAUAUCAGUGAAACUCCCAAGGCAUCAUGUUAUAAUUAAGCCGUAUUAACUUUUGUCAUCUCUCUCUCUCUCUCUCUCUCUUGCAGGCCUUGCGGGUGAUGGCCAAGAUAAUGAGGGAGUGUUGGUAUGCUAACAGUGCUGCCCGACUCACCGCCCUGCGAAUCAAGAAAACGCUGUCUCAGCUCAGCCAACAGGAAGGGAUCAAGAUGUAG